AUGUAUCUGUCUGUGUCGGUGCGUGUGUAUCGGUAUGUGUCUGGGAGUAUGCAUUUGCAUGCUUGUGUUUGGAAGUAUGCAUCUAUGUGUGAGCCUGGGAAUAUGCAUGUCUCUGCAUGUGUGCAGAUGCAUACAAACAUGGGUACAUGUGUGUAUGUGUCUGAGAUUACAUACACCUGUGCAUGUUUAUGUUUAAUAAAUGCCUGUGAGUUUCAUGUGUGUGCCUUGGAGUACGUAUCUUUGCAUGGUACACCUGUGCAUCAUUUUGCAUGAGUGUGACAGCCUGUGUGUUCGUGUAUGUCUGAGAAUAUGUAACUGUGUGUGCAUACUGCAUACGUGUAUAUAUGAAGGGCCUAGCCAAUGACUUUGCAAAACAUCGGAUGGGGGUAGAUUCUACAGUAUGCACAUAAACAGAUAUUUUUAAUUGCAUUUUCAGUUGAUGAGCUGUUAUUCAGUUACAUGCAGUUUAAGUUUAUUAGUUGUGAUAAAAGCCCUGGUUUGGGUAAUAAUGAGACCCAUAGGGCCUAUCCACUAAACUGUGAGAUGAUAUUUUACCGGGUUCCAACAAUGCCUAGUGAAUAUUGAUGAUUUGCAGCUUAGUAAAUAAAUCCCUCUAUAUACGAUCUGUUUAUGACCAAACAUGCUUGCUAUGUGUAUUAAAACCCUUGAGGAGAAUAGCAAUAUGUAAAAUAUAGAUUAAUGUUUUUGGUAGAUGUGCAGAAACUAUAAUAAGUUAGUGGAAACCUAUAUAGGUUAUUUUAAUGACAGAGGAUGGGGAAUCUGGGGCAAUGUUAGUAACCUUUUAGACAUUAAUGUAAAAAUAGGCCCAAACCAAAUCCCAUGAAAUUAAUGUCAGUACUAUAUGCAUCAUUGUGAAGCUCCGUGUCACCUUGAACUCUAGUUCACUACAGCCCUCUGGUGGUAUUUUGAGUACAGGAAAGGAACGGCUAAAUUAAGCAUUACAUGGUGUUUGCAGAAUUUUAAAAAUGCUCCUUUGAAUUUUUCUUUUCUUUUUUUGCCAAACUAAGUAUGUUUAUCACAAAUAUUAAAAACAUAUAUUGCAAAACUAGCUUAAGAAAAUGUGUCAGCAUGUAAGACCCAACUGCUUUUUCUAGUUCCCUGUAGUAAAUCUGUGAAAUAACUGAUUUAUAGUCGGUAAUAUUUUUUUUUUCCGCCCCUUGUCUAGCUACCCCUUAAUGUUGCUUAAUUCAGAAUAAGUUAAUGCAAAAAAAAAAAAGAUUUAUUUUUCUUGAAACACACAGGAUCAACUUUUUGGGGUCUACUAAGCUGUUCUAAAAUCCUAGACAAGGUGAAAGAGUAUAGUGAGAAUGGACACACCAAAAAAAAAACUCCAAUAGCUUACCCAUACGGACAGAGCCUAUGCUUUUUGCAUAUCGGAUUCAUCCUACUACAAGUGUAUCUCACUGUACCUGGAAUCCUAGAUACACACUUCCCAAGUGUCCCAAUUUAGUAGAUAUAGUCCCUAUUUUGGUUCCAAAUCCCCUAAUUUCUAUCCUAAUAUGCCUCUUUUUUAGAAACCAUUGGUGUUUCUGAAUUUACACCGGAGCUCAACUGCAGUAAAGUGGCUUUAAACUACAAUAAAUGUAUUUAUAAAAUCAAUCCUUAUAAAUAAGACACAUGAGUUUUGUUCUAAGUUACAUUUUAGUUUCAUAAAUUCCUAUUAUCUGGAAUUCAAAACGAUUUUCACAUUUUAGACCAAAACAGACAAAAUGGAAAUAUAGCUGACGUGUACUUUCCAAUUUAAAGAACCACUAAGUCUAGAAGACCAUUUCAUCUCAAUGAAGUGAUCUGGGUGCAAUGGCCCUGUCAUUUUAACCCUAUAAUGUAAAAACUGCAGUUUUUAAGAAGAUGAGAAACACGACAACAUGGAAGCUAAUUGGAAAGCAUUGGAUUAAUUGCUUUCCUAUGAGAAGCAUUGUAUGAGCGUGCAGAGCUCACUGCACAUGCACAUCAGGCCCCCAGUGCAGCUCUAUGAGGAGCAUUGUAUGAGCGUGCAGAGCUCAUCGUACAUGCACAUCAGGUCCCCUGUGCAGAUCUAUGAGGAGCAUUGGGUUGAAUCAAUGAUGAAGGAGAUAAUGCCUCCUAAAUUAUGUCACAGGAAGCAAACAAAUCAUCAGCACUGAGGGAGUUGCUGGAAAAAUUUGAGUAAACCCUUUUAUUUUUUUGUGGGAAAAGGGUGAAGGGCCUAUAUACACCUAGGAACAGGGCCCCCAAGGAAAAUAGGUUUGUAUUCCUAAGGCUUUAGUGUCCUUUAACUACUUGGCUUAAAAUUUCAGUAAUUUGCUUAAAGGAUUACUCCAAGAACCUAGCCCACUUCAGUGAUUUGAAGUGGUCAUGGUGCCUGUUCUGCACAUUCAACCUUUAACCCUUUUGUAGCUGGAGGAUUAAUUCCACCUCUGGCAGCAUCACCGAGGCGCCCUUAGCCAGCCUGGGGUUAAUAUAAAAUCUGUGCAUAUUUCUAUUUACAGAAUACCAUUCAUUGGCUGAUACUCUCAGCUGCCGAAUUGCAAAAAGAAUCGGCAUGCGGUUAUCUGCAGCUCUGCGGAAGCUGAAUGUUCGUCACCGGCCGUUAUAGGAUUCUCGGCACCUGGCGGGCACCCAGGUAAGGAGGGCAAACCAUUGCAGAACAUUUUGCCCCGUUACCAAGCAACGGCGCCAUGGUACUUAAUUCAUAAGCACCACAUGCUUGGUUUAACCCUUGCAGUGUGAAUUCCUAGAAAUGCAAAGUGAUUUUCAAAUUUGAGGCUAAACUACCCAAACUGUAUAUAAAGCUGACUGGGAGAAUUAUUUCCAGUUUAGUGGAAAACUUUGAAUUCACUUUAAAUUCCCAGCAAUUCCCACUUUAGUGCAUAACCCUGCAUGUGACUAGUUAUCCUUUCUAGGUCUGUAGUUCUAGCCCCACAUCUCUCUCCUGGGACCAUGCUGUCAAUAAUGCCAUGAGUAACUUUAUCCUCUAUAUAUAAACACUAAGGGAGCCUCUGUUCCCUGGAUGGACCACGUGACCGUGUUAUUACGGUAAUGGCUGCCUGUUGUCCGCGUGUUAGGGGGAUUACGGUAGCGUUGGGUCACAUGCCCGUGUGGUCCAGUAUUUACGGCAGUCUCUCUCUCCCCCCGCCCCAGUAGUUCAGUCCCGGGGAGGGGGGAGAUCUUGCCGGUGUGUUCGGAUCCGGUUUUCGAGGCCAGAUUUGUGAAUGACCGGCCUUCCGUGAGCGCCCCUCCCGGCGCGGAUGGUGGGGUCUCCAGAGCGGUCCUUUAUAGCGGGGGGGAGGCGGGUAACCAGCGGGAGCCAGGCAUCCCGGGCAGGUAAGGCACAGUGAUGGGUUCCUGUGUGCAGCCCGGCUUGGGCUCUGGGUCUGAUAACUUACAGCUCUGCACGGGAGCCUGGGAUGGCAGUGUGGCCUAGCCUGGUAAAUAGCCCGGUAUAUGUAAACACUGAGCCAGCCCCUUCAGCCAGCCCCAUCACACUGAGCCAGCCCCAUCACACUGAGCCAGCCCCUUCAUCCAGCCCCAUCACACUGAGCCAGCCCCUUCAUCCAGCCUCAUCACACUGAGCCAGCCCCUUCAUCCAGCCUCAUCACACUGAGCCAGCCCCUUCAUCCAGCCUCAUCACACUGAGCCAGCCCCUUCAUCCAGCCUCCUCAUCACACUCCAGCCUCUUCAUCCAGCCUCAUCAUGAGCCAGCCCCUUCAUCCAGCCUCAUCACACUGAGCCAGCCCCUUCAUCCAGCCUCAUCACACUGAGCCAGCCCCUUCAUCCAGCCCCAUCACACUGAGCCAAGCCCCUUCAUCCAGCCCCUUCAUCCAGCCCCAUCACACUGAGCCAGCCCUUCAUCCAGCCCCUUCAUAGCCAGCCCCUUCAUCCAGCCCCAUCACACUGAGCCAGCCCCUUCAUCCAGCCCCAUCACACUGAGCCAGCCCCUUCAUCCAGCCCCAUCACACUGAGCCAGUCCCUUCAUCCAGCCCCAUCACACUCAGCCAGCCCCAUCACACUGAGCCAGCACCUUCAGCCAGCCCCAUCACACUGAGCCAGCCCCUUCAGCCAGCCCUAUCCAGCUCCUUCAGCCAGACCCACCACACUGAGCCAUCCCCUUCAAACAGCCCACUCAUCUAGCCUCAUCACACUGAGCCAGUCCCAUCAGCCAUCCCAUUCACACUGAGCUAGCCACCCCCUUAAUCCAGACCCAUCACGCUGAGCCAUCCCCUUACACAAUGCCGCUUGGUACACUGAUGAUGGGAGGGUUGUGUCCACCAUACCCAGUGUGCCUAACUUGCAGAAUGUUUUGGGAAUUAUAACCAUUGUAUAUCGGUUAUCUGCUGGGGCUAAGGUUGCCAAAUCAACUACCCCUAAAUAAAAAUGUAUCUUUUACAACUGUAUGAUGUUGGACCGUGCACAAAGAACUAUCCUGCAGAAAAAACAAAGUAUUUAGCUUAUAUACAGUUGAUUUUCUUUCAUAAAACACUGGAAUUCUGCCGGUUUCAUGGCCGCAGUAUUCCUGUGCUGCCUUCAGUGUGUGUGUGGGUAAAAUAUAACCAAAUCUUUGUGCCCAACUUUUACCACUUGGAAUGUAACUUGCUACAAUUUAGUGCAAAGGCCCCAGUAGGUUUGGGAAGUCUAUGUGAUGCUUGGAAGGCUUGCCCUGUCUCUUUUAAUGCAUUGCCAGCUACUGGAGAGCUUUUACAGCUUUGCUAUUAGUGUCUUGCUUGAUAUCUGUGUUAUGCACCGUUUUCUGUUGUGGUUGACAUUCUGUGAGGUGUGGUAUAAAACAGGUGGGAUUCUACCUUGUGGUUGCCCCUGCUCUGCAAAAGGGUUACUGCAUCCCAAAAAUUGCCUUUUAGUGGCAGUAGAACCUAAAUCGUGUAUCCAGUCACUAUUUAUAGUGAGUUAAUUGGAUGGACCUGUACUCUUGCUACAGGGGAGGUUGUGAAUGUGCAACUUUUAUUAAAAAAAGUGACUCCAUCGAAGCACACAUUUUUACAGAUUCACUUGACUUGCCAAAUAUUUAAAGCUGCGAGUUUGUGAACUGGCUUGGUAGUCAUUGACUAUUCUCCAUCUCACAAUACACUCUGAGCAACACUUUGUGGUCUUUAAAGAGAUGGGUAUUGCUGUAUGUUGACAUUAUCUUCCCUUUAGUAAUGCCCACUUAAGUAACUGAUAUGCAGUUCUCUUUCGGAAGUGUUCAGUUUAUCAAAUGACUUACAAAAAUACAAGGUCAUAGGAGUGCAUUGCGUGCACACUGGUGCAAUGAAUCUUAGCAUAUGCAAAACUUUAACAAGCAUUCAGACCUCUGUAAAUAUCCACUCUUGAGCCCCCCUUUUAAUUUUUUUCCUUCCUUCUGUAAGAUACUUCAGUCACACUACUUAGUCUCAUUUUGCUCCUCUAACUUUAGUCCUUUUUCCUAGAUGCUCUGGGUUUUAUGAAUGCUAAGCUCAACCGCAAUAAAGCCUUCAAUAAUGUGUGCUUAGACUGAUAAUUGUAUUUUUAUAAAUGCGUUUGAAUUAAGUGUCAUUCUGAUUGUAAAUUAAAUUCUAAUUUACAUAUUCCAAAGCAAAAAUCAGAUGUGAGAUCUAUUUUAUUUCCAUUUAUAAAUUUCACUUUUAAUUUAAUUUUGUUCUGUAUGGAUAUAGUUGAUAUCCCCAAGCUUGGGGUAGACUCUCUAAUAUCAAUAUAAAGAUGUCUACAGAUCCUUAAAGGACCACUAUAGUGCCAGGAAAACAUACUUUUUCCUGGCACUAUAGUGCCCUGAGGGUGCCCCCACCCUCAGGGACCCCCUCUCGCGGGGCUCUGGGGAGAGGAAGGGGUUAAAAUCUUACCUUUCUCCAGCGCCGGGCAGGGAGCUCUUCUCCUCCUCUUCGACUGAAUGCGCAUGCGCGGCAGGAGCUGCGUGCGCAUUCAGCCAGUCUCAUAGGAAAGAAUUCAUAAUGCUUUCCUAUGGACGCUUGUGUCUUCUCACUGUGACUUUCACAGUGAGAAGCACGUAAACGCGUCUAGCGGCUGUCAAUGAGACAGCCACUAGAGUCUUUAGAGGCUGGAUUAACCUAUUUAUAAACAUAGCAGUUUCUGUUUAUAAAAAAAAUGGGUUAGCCCUAGCUGGACCAGGCACCCAGACCACUUCAUUAAGCUGAAGUGGUCUGGGUGCCUAGAGUGGUCCUUUAACUUGAUUAAGCCCACACCUAUCUUGGUUGGUCAUACCAGAUAAGAAUCUGGUUUGAUUAGUAUGUGUAGCAACUUUUUUAAUUAGAAUUAUUAAAGCAACACUGUAGAGUCCGAAAUACAAAUGUAUAUUCCUGACCCUAUAGUGUUAAACACUAUUUAGGUGGCUGGCUCCCCUUAAAACAAAUCCACUUACCUUUAGUCCAGAGGUGCAUGGGUCUGCAUGCUCUACCUGCGAUCCACCUCCUUGGCUGAGAUCAUCAGAAUUGAUAUCUGCCAAUCCAAUGCUUUACUAUAGGAAAGCAAUGGGAGACCAUUGCGCAUGCGCAACAAAACUCCAUGCUGGCUCAUCAGAAUCUCCUCCAUAAAGGUUCAGUGACUCCAUAAAUCUCUAUGGGUAAAGUUAAUCACCUCCAUGCAGUGUGUGGAGAUGCUGAAUGUCCAUCGUGCAUGAUGUGCAGCAGUGACCCAGAAAGCACCUCUAGUGGUUGCCUUGGUGACUGCCACUGGAGGUGUCCCUAGGAGCAAUGUAAACACUGACCACUUUUUUUUAUUUAUUUUUUGAAACCGUGUUUGCAGCAAAAUCUGCAGGGACUGACUAUAGAUGCCAGAAUAACUACAUUAAGCUGUAGUUCUUCUGGUAUGCUUGCCUCAGUUAUUACUAGAUUAACCCAGGAAUCAUGUGAGGCACAUUGUAUGGAAUUUCCUAAAGAAUUUUUGGUUCUAAAGUGUAUAUCAGGGAACCACUUGCACUGAUGCUGUAAACCCUGGCAGUUGGCCUCCUGGGAUCAGUCAACAUUCGUGGAGUACGAAUUAGAGAGAAAUCAAAUUCAGCCUAUAUGCAAAAAACUAAUCAUUAGAAAAAUAAAAUCCUUGGCAUGCUGCAUAAAGGUCAGUGGGGGUUUAUAUAACCACAAAGGUCUGGCAACGUUUGGCUUGAUAAAGGCACCAAGAGACAACUCGUUGCCAGGCCUUGGUGGCUGAAUAAACUACUACUGAGCUUUGUGUGCUGAGGAUUUUUUAUUUCUCUUCAUACUAUGGAAAUCUGUAGAUGGAUAUCACGAACAAAUACUGCUUUUUUUUUUUUUUUUCACCUUAUUAAUUCUACUUAUCAAGUUUUUGACCAGAUGGGAAUAAUUCUAGUGCUGUAGGUCAGAGCUGGUGAAAACAGGAUAGUGUCUCUUGCUAAGCAUAUGCCUUGAAUUCCCAUGUAUUAUUGUUCUGUUCUCUAAGAGGUGGUAUUUUUUUUUCUGUCAUAUGGUGGCAGUACAUGUGGGUUUUGCUCCUUUCCUGUGGACAAGCAUCUAGCAAGAUUAAUUAAGUUAACAAACCCCUCCCCCUUGCCCUAUAUAAGGGCUAUCUGGCAAAACCUACCCAGUUUUCUUUCUUGUCCCAAGAGGGAAGGACACAUCUAGAUGGUGAGACACACAGGCUGCUGGUCUGGGGGAUCCGGUCCGAGAGCUGCCUGGGUGGUAGGCUGAGAGCCCAUGCAUCCGACCAGUAGGUUUAAGGAGCAAGUGGAGUUGUGAUUCCUUUUAUGCCGAGAAGGGUUCCGGCAAUACUUCCUGGAGGCGGAGUUUAUCCGGUGCACAGCGGUGGAACGCACGCCCGGGUGGUGCUGUGUUCCACCUAAGCUUCCGGUUGCGCUAGUACGCAUGCGUAAACUGAAAGCUUUAUUUAAAAAAAAAAAAAAACGAAAAUCGAAGCUGUGCAGGUUCCCACUGACAGCAGGGAUGCUUGUCAGAAGAGGUACUUUGUGUCACCAAGCCCCACACGGCUCAGAGGUAUUUUAAGGUAAGAUUAACUAAUCUUUACUUUAAAACUAUCUCUGUAAAGUUUAUACAAGGAAAAAAGACUACGAGGGAAGAAGUUUAUGACCUUGCGGAGAGUGGUAAUAAAGAAGUACAGUGUGUCCACUAUAAGCUCCAUGUAUGAGUUACUGUGAGCAGUAUAUGUACCCACUAUAUGCUCUGACAAGUGACUGAGCAGUGUAUGUACCCUCUAUAUGCUAUGACAAGUUGCUGUGAGGACUCAGUCAACUGGCAAAGAGGAAUCAGAGUAGGUGCUCUUUAUCGCCUGUAGGCGGUUAUCUUGCUGUGGUGCAAAAAUAUCUAAUAGAUAUUUCGGCAGUUUUCUUUUUAAAGGGUUCGACAAUUACAUAGCCGUCAAGCUCGGCAGGGGUAAUUGGUAUCAGAGAGUUUGGUCCUGAGGUCCAUGUGUUGUUUUAUGUUCUGGAGAGGAACUUCGAUUUUUCCAGACUUGACCCUUAUGAGCAUUACAGAAGCCAGGUUCCCCAAGUUUCCUCCCUGUUCAGAGCAGAUCCCUUCGAUGAAUAGAGAUACUCUCAUUGUAAUGUCAGGCUGGCAUACGUCUUUCUUCCGCUGACACUAUUUCCAAGGAUUCUUCGGAAAUUAGGGCAGUCGGAACUUUAUCCUGGUUCUUAUUCUACUCUAGGCCAAACAAGGUUUUUUCCUGAUGUUCAAGAAGAUGGCGUCCACACAAUGGGAACUUCCAAUCUCACAAUAAACAGGAAUCUAACCUAGGGUUCUGUAGAAGUUCAGGUUUAUGGCCUGGCUACUGCUUUUUCAGUCUACUUUCAUAUAAAGGUCAAGUGUUUUUUUUUUUUGAUGGUGGGAACACCAUUGCCUGUGUGUUCAUCUGUCUCUAAGACCCAUGUUUCAAAUUUUUCUGAAAGUUUUUUCUUUUUUUUUUUUUCCUGCAGACUUUGGUCUUUCUACUUUGAAAUUCAAGCCUCAGUCCUAAGACUCACUGAGAGACUUUUCAUCCAUUUGUUAAUCUAUAGGUUUGUUGUGAUCUGUCAGGUCCAGACAUCCUCCUAGAGAUAAGUUUUUUCCUGCCUAGGGUUUAUCAUUGACUUUUUUCAGCUUUGUGUCCCUCUUUCGAUCUUUUGGAAGAGGUGUCCCUUACAGGUUUCGUUCCUCUAGGUCACUUUCUUGGUGGCAGUCAGACCAGCUAAAAGAUUCGGUGAGCUUCUGGCAUUUUCUUCCCCAGAUGAUUUUUGCAGUAUUGCUAUGGAUAGGGUGGUUCUUCACCUUACGAAACUUCCUUUUUUUCCCUACAAGUCAACCGAUUGUGUCUGCUUUCCCUUGGGUGGUUGUCCCACCUCUCUUCGGGAGCUUAGAGUUUUUUUGUUUUUUACUUGGAGCAUAGCAAGGUUUUUCUUCCUAGGACUGAGGAGCUCAGGUAUUCUGGCCUGUUUGUUAACCUCCAGUGUAGAUUCCAGGGGCACGGAGCUUCCUGCAAAAAUCUUUGGUUUAAAUUGACUAAGAUGAGCAAGUAGAUUGGCAUAUUUUUCCGGUGGUCCUUAUGUGCCGAUAUCUCUAAGGGCUCUUUUCACUCAGGGUAAUGGCUGCCCCUGGGGGGUAGUCAUCUUGUUUCUCCAGUAGAAUUCUGUAAGGCAGCAUCUUGGGCUGCCUUUCCACAUCUUUGUUAUUCUCUUCAGGCUUGAGAUAUUCUCAUCCUCGUAAACGGCCUUUGGGCAUAAAGUUUGUGUAGCUGUGCUAGCAUUGGACUUACACGGUUGGGGUAUCUUGCUAUAUCUUACAUGUACUGCUACCAUAUGACAGAAAAAACAGAAAUGUCGACUUACCGUAUAUUACUUUUUUUCUUAAUAUGGUGGAAUAUAUAUGUGUAUAUGUAUGUGUGUUAAGUUUUGUGUUUCUUCUUGCUACUUACUGGGGUAGGUUUUGCCGGAUAGCCCUUAUAUAGGGCAAAGGGGAGGGGUUUGUUAACUUAAUUAAUCUUGUUAGAUGCUUGUCCACAGGAAAGGAGCAAAACCCACAUGUACUACCACCAUAUUAAGAAUUUUUUUUUACAGUAAGUAAAAAUUUGUUUUUGUUUUAACUGCACACCUGCUGCCCCUGUAAACAUGUGGUUGCCAGUUUUUCAUAGAACAUUCAGUGUUAAGCCAGAUUUGACUUAACAUGCAAACUGUAUAACACUUUAAAACUGGCUCUCAAACACUGGUGGUUUGAUAAAUAUAGCUGGUCAGGUUACUGGUGCUCCUAAUUGGUUAUCUUAAAGGAACACUAUAGUCACCUAAAUUACUUUAGCUAAAUAAAGCAGUUUUAGUGUAUAGCUCAUUCCCCUGCAAUUUCACUGUCAUUUAGGAGUUAAAUCACUUUGUUUCUGUUUAUGCAGCCCUAGCCACACCUCCCCUGGCUAUGAUUGACAGAGCCUGCAUGAAAAAAAAAACUGGUUUCACUUUCAAAGAGAUGUAAUUUACCUUAAAUAAUUGUAUCUCAAUCUCUAAAUUGAACUUUAAUCACAUGCAGGAGGCUCUUGCAGGGUCUAGCAAGUUAUUAACAUAGCAGGGGAUAAGAAACUCUCAAUUAAACAGAACUUGCAAUAAAGAAAGCCUAAAUAGGGCUCUCUUUACAGGAAUUGUUUAUGGAAGGCUGUGCAAGUCACAUGCAGGGAGGUGUGACUAGGAUUCAUAAACAAAUGGAUUUAAAGGACCACUAUAGUGCCAGGAAAACACUCGUUUUCCUGGCACUAUAGUGCCCUGAGGGUGCCUCCACCCUCAGGGACCCCCUCCCGCCCAGCUCUGGAAGGGGAAAGGGGUUAAACCUUACCUUACCUUCCAGCGCUGGGCGGGGAGCUCUCCUCCCCGUCGGCUGAAUGCGCACGCGCGGCAAGAGCUGCGCGCGCAUUCAGCCGGUCACAUAGGAAAGCAUUCAUAAUGCUUUCCUAUGGACGCUGGCGUGCUCUCACCGUGAAAAUCACAGCAAGCGCCUCUAGCGGCUGUCAAUGAGACAGUCAAUGAGACAGCCACUAGAGGGAAUGGGGGAAGGCUUAACCCAUUCAUAAACAUAGCAGUUUCUCUGAAACUAUGUUUAUGAAAAAAUGGGUUAACCCUAGCUGGACCUGGCACCCAGACCACUUCAUUAACCCCUUAAGGACAGAGCUUCAAAAGCUUGUCUUUCACUUAAUGACAACGGCAUUUUUUUCAUUUUUUGCUGUUUGCGUUCAACUGCAAUUUGCAUUUUACUAAUUUGUUGCACCAACACACAUCAUACAUCGUUUUUUAAAGGACAGAAAGGGCUUUAAUUUGAUGUAACACACAUAUAUAAAUGCUUAUUUAUUAUAAAAAAAUACAGAAAAAUUUAAAAAAAAUGAAUUUUUUUUUUAGUUUUUGCAAUAAUGUGUGCAUAAUUAGUGCAGUUUAAGAAAAGUAAUUAAAAAUAAAUUAAUUUAGUUGUUCUGAUUUAAAGAAUAUACAAUGUGUCUGGGAUUUUAAGUUUUUUUGUUUUUUUUUGUUAGUUACAGGUCACAAAGCACAAGGAGUAAAAUAGACUUUUAAUGUGGAGCGAUUUUAGAAUUUGGUAUGUUUGUCUUGUAAGCUUAAUAGCCAUAAAAGAAAACAAAAUUGCCACACAAAAGUAUAUAUUUAUAUAAAGUAGACAUCACGGGCUAUUUACCUAAUGUUUUGACACUUUCUACAAAGCCAUUUCACCGCCAACCUCUGCUAAAUAUUGGAGUAAAAUUGUGGGGUUUUUGGGGUUUUUGGCACACAAACUUAUAACAAAGAAAUUCUUGUGUAUAUUUUGUGAAGUUGGUGUGUGCUAUUCCUGUACAAAGUUUUAUUUUGUGUUCAGUUACAUCUGCUGAGUAAAAUGACACUCCCAUUGUAUGUCUUUGGCACUAUUUCGUGAAGUUACAGUGCCACACAGGAUACCUGUCCUUUUCAGUAUUCACAGUAGAAUUUUGAGAGAUGGAUUUAAUGAGCCUUAGCUUCCAUUUGGGGUAUUAUAACAGUUUGACUGUUCAAAAAACCCCCACAAAGGCCUACCAUUUGUAAAAGUAGACACUACAGGGUAUCUCAUAAGGUGCAUAUUGUGCCUUAACAUGCCCCCAUUUUUUCACCAAUAUAUGUGGUAAAAAAUAAUUUUGUGCAUUUUUUACAUACGGAUUGCAUUUUUGCUGGGCGUUUUGUAUAUUUCAUAUGUGCCACUAAGUUCAAACCCCCCAAAUUAUGCUCAGCUAAGUCUUCUGAGUAAAAUGACACCCCAUAUGAAUGUCUUUGGCACUAUUUCUUGAAGCUACAGUGCCAUAUAGGAGACCAAGCCAUACCUGUUUUUACCAAACUUUGAAUUUUGACGCUGGGCCUAUGUACAAUUUCCAAGCAUCUUUGCAGGUUUUAAAUUCAAUCUACCCCACAAAGGCCUACCAUUUCUUAAAGUAGACACCCCAGGGUGUUUCAAAAGGUAUAUUUUGAACCUUAGCGUGAGAUCAUUUUUCUGCUAGCUUGUACCAGAUGUAGUGGUAAUAAGCGUUUUUUUUUUCUGCCUUUUUGACAUACAAAGUGAGUUUGCACAGUAUAUUUUGCAAACCUUAUGUGUGUUACGACUGUAUAAUACUUCAUAUGUCGCUCAGCUAUGUCGGCUGAGUACAGCAAUACCCCCGUAUGUACCUUUGCCAGGUAUGUGUGGACAUUGGAGGGGCACAUUUGGGACACAGCCAUUCCAGUUUUUUUCAAACUUUGAAUUUUUAUGCUGUGCCUAUGUCCCAUUUUAGAGUAUUUUACCAGGCUAUAUAAUCCAAAUACCCCAUAAAGCCAUACCAUUUCUUAAAGAAGACAUCCCAGGGUAUUUCAAAAGGCAUAUUUUGAACAUUAGCGUGGGAUCAUUUUUCCGCUAGCUUGUACCAAGUGUAGAGGUAAUAAGCAUUUUUUCUGCCUUUUUGACAUACAAAGUGAGUUUGCGCAGCAUAAUUUGCAAACCUUAUGUGUGCUAUGACUGUAUAAUACUUCAUAUGUUGCUCAGCUAUGUCGUCUGAGUACAGCAAUACAUACCUUUGCCAGGUAUGUGGAUGUUGAAGGGGCGCAUUUGAGACGCAGCCAUUCAGUUUUUUUCUAACUUUGAAGUUUUAUGCUGUGUCCAUGUUCCAAUUUGGAGUAGUUUAGACGGUUGGUUAUUGAAACUUCCCCACAAACACAUACUAUUUAUUAAAGAAUACACCCUGGGGUAAUUCAAAAGCCAUAUUUUGAACCUUGGUGUGGGAUAAUUUUUUUCUCUAGUUUGUUCCAGGUGUAGUGGUAAUGAGCGUUUUUAAAAUGUAUUUUUUUACUUUUUAUAACUUUUUUUUACUUUUAAAAACUAGUUUUUAAACUUUUGUGUUGCUUAAUUUUUUUAAACUUUCUUAAAACUUUUUUACAGACUUAACAUUUUAAGCUUUUUUUUUUACCGUUAACCCCUAACUAGCAGUACGCAGCACUAACAGUAAAUUCCCCAUUUUCCCAUAACUCCCACCCACCCCAGCUAGCAAAAUAUAGUUAUAACAUAUUUAAAUAAAUUAAUUAAAUAAAUUGAACCCCUGAGGGUUAAAAAAUAAAUAAAAAGUUAAUCCUCAGGGGUUAAAAAAAAUUAGAUCACAGUAUAAUACUGUGAUCUCUAUUUGAUCGCUGUAGGCAGUGAUCGACUGGCAGGGAAGGGGUUAAUUUUUAUUUGGACUAGGUAAAGGGUGGUUUUUUUUUUUUACUUAAACGUUAUUAAAACAUUUUUUUAAAGCUUAAUUUUUAACUUUUUAAAGUUUUUUUAAAACUUUUUUAACGUUAACCCCUAGUUAGCCUAACUCCAAAUCCCCCAAUUCCCCACUACCUUCCACCCACCCCAGCUAGCUAAAUAUAUAAUUUUAAAAUAUUUUAAUUAAUUAAAUAAAUUUAACCCCUGAGGGUUACAAAAAAAAGAAUUAACCCUCAGGGGUUAAAAAAAAUCAGAUCAUAGUAAAAUGUAAUCCCUGCCAAUUGAUCACUGUAGUCCGUGAUCAAUUGGCAGGGAAGGGGUUAAUUUUUUAUUAAAAUGGGUAAUGGGGGGGUGGGACUUUAAAUUAACUUUAUUUUUUUUUACAGCAAGGGGCAGGAUCAUCACUGAUCCGGCUCCCUGCACUUCACACAGAACCCGGAAGUGCAGGGAGCCGGAAGGUAAGUAUACAGAGCACAUGUGCUCGCUCUAACUUGCGGUCAGAGCGAGCACAUAUGCUGGGCAGCCUGACCGGGUGCUCCCGGUAUGCCUCUAAUGCAGAGGCAUACCGGAGCACCAUUAACCCCGCGAUCGCGGCGAUCCGGGGUUAAUUUUACCGCGUGACGGACAAGGUCCGUCACUAGUCAUUAAGGGUUUCCCUUCUGUGACGGACCUCGUCCGUCACCCGUCGUUAAGGGGUUAAGCUGAAGUGGUCUGGGUGCCUAGAGUGGUCCUUUAACUCCUAAAUGGCAGAGGAUUGAGCAGUGAGGCUGCAGGGUCAUGUUCUAUACACCAAAACUGCUUCAUUAAGCUAAAGUUGUUCAGGUGACUAUAGUGUCCCUUUAACAAACACUGGUAGCUUACUUUCUAAAGUAUAUUGCAGCAUUUUAUUAUAGGUAGAAAUUUGAAUGUUUGUGGUCAUGUAAACGUGGCAGAUGACAAUAUUCCAAUUGACAAAAAUCUUUUGGUUUCUUUAUUGGGCUUGAUGGUGAUUUUGAACCAGUGUACUGUGGCAUACUGGUGUGCCACAAGCCACCUCAAAUUGACAUCAGGGCUGGAUAAGUUGAUUGAAUGCUGUCUAUGCACAUAUUGUAAAUCCGUUGGCACUGAAAUAUGGUGACUUUUGAUAUAAGCUAAAACUGGUUAAUGAACUUUGCAAGUAUGUCACGACUUAUUAAAUGUACCUUUAUGAUGUGCAAUUAAAUUACAUCUUUAUUUUUACCUCUCAUUGAAGUGCCUUGGUACAAUAAAACUUGGAAACCACAGGAAUAGAGAAUAUCUGAGUCUGGAAUGAAGGGAAAUCCUUUGUGAAAUCCUUUGUGAAAUAAUGGUGCAAUUUCUAAUGCAUCAUAAAAUUAUGGGUAUUUUAUUAAUUGUGGAGGAUUUCCAACGAGAUUUGUGAAUUUGUAAGCCAAAAUUACGGCAUUUAAAGUCGUUUUUUUUUUUUCUUUUUUCUUUUUUUCAGCAUAGCUAUCUUAGCUAACAUAUUCCACAGCACUGUACAAAAUAAGCAAGACAAAUGUUUGACUUUAACAAAAUAUGAUUGACCUACUGUAACAGUACAUGGAGAGGGCCCUGCCCUAAUGAAAGUACAGUCUCAAGGAAGAUCCAUUUUAAAUGUUUUUAUCUAUAUGCUUUAUUGCAUACAGAGCAAGUGGGCAUUUAAAUUUAUUUUGAGAAAUAGACAAUGUAAAUGGCAGCAGUGAACAUCAUCUGCAAUUUUCUUAAGUAAUAAGAAAAGGUUAAUCGGACUAAGUAACAAACCAGGAAUAAGUUGCACAAGAAAAGGCAAGAUGCCCCUCUUGCGCUUUGCAGAAAUUAAAUCUUCUCCUUGGCUUAUCUAUACAUUGUGCCUGUGAAAUAGCUAGCCAAUGUCUUUUUUUGCAAUAAAGACAUUAAAAUUGCAUGCUUUCACACCCACCACCUCUUCACUUGUCAUAACUCACGAAAAAUGUCAGCCCCUCUCUUCACUAGUCACCUUUGCAGGAGGUGGGAAUGUAUAUGAUAUGAUUGUCAAGCUUCUGACACUGUUACAUGUUUUCAUACUUGUGGAGUGAGUUACAAAUAAAUAAAAAAUAAAAAAGUUUACAGGAUUACUUUAAAGGACCACUCUAGGCACCCAGACUACUUCAGCUUAAUGAAGUGGUCUGGUUGCCAGGUCCUUCUAGGGUUAACCCAUUUUUUUAUAAACAUAGCAGUUUCAGAGAAACUGCUAUGUUUAUGAAUGGGUUAAGCCUUCCCCUAUUUCCUCUAGUGACUGUCUCAUUGACAGCCACUAGAGGCGCUUGCGUGCUUCUCACUGUGAAAAUCAGUGAGAGCACGCAAGCGUCCAUAGGAAAGCAUUACAAAUGCUUUCCUAUGCGCGCGCAGCUCUUGCCGCGCGUGCGCAUUCAGCCGGCGGGGAGGAUCGGAGGAGGAGAGGAGGCAGAGAGCUCCCCGCCCAGCGCUGGAAAAAGGUACGUUUUAACCCCUUUCCAGAGCCGGGCGGGAGCACCCUCAGGGCACUAUAGUGCCAGGAAAACGAGUGUUUUCCUGGCAAUAUAGUGGUCCUUUAACAUCACAACAUCCUUUUUCUAUAGGUUAUGGUGCACAAAGGUCACCAUGGCUGGUUUCCCUUGUUUUCAACACCCAGGAGAUGACCAUUAAAGCAACUUGUAGCAGUUUUGAGAUUUUAAUGUCAGAGUAAUAUGUGGAUUGUUGCCAGAUAUCUCUAUGCUCUAAACCAGUGGUUUCCAAACCAGUCCUCAAGGCACACCUACCAGUCCAGGAUUUGGGGAUCUCAGGAUUUUUUUUAGAAUCCUUAAGUCCUUGACUGGUAGGCAUGCCUUGAGGACUGGUUUGGAAACCACUGCUAUAAACUGACUACAGCAAUCAAGAAGCAUAGAUCAGAUAUGGCAUUGUUGCUGUAAAUCUAGGCGUCUGUUCCAUUUACCUUGACAGAUGAAUGGAAUGUCUGGUAAAUCUCUGAUGGGCAGGCGUGUUUGGGAUAAGCUCAGUCCCCCUUGGCAAAUUAUUUGGUGUCCUGGCCAAGGUCCUGCUCCAGUACUUGUUUGCUUUUUUGCCUUAAUUGACUGUACCCACCAGAAACUGAUCAGUUAUCACUUGCUUUUUCAAUUGAAAAUUUUUAUUUCUCAAAUCCGAGAAUUCGAGUUAAGUCUGCCUACUGCUACUGAUGCCUGUAGCCCACUCAAUUCUAGAAAUCUGUUGGAAACAUCUGGCAGCAUGAAAGGAUUACACAGAUCAAAUGCUUGAAAAUCUCCAAGGUUCUGGGUCAUACUGCACUCAAUGGGGAGAAAAAAUUAAACCUUUGUACUAUUUUCACAAACCUGACACAUUACCUGGCCACAAAAGUUGUUGAAAGUCUGUACUUGACUUAAUUUCUCUUUAAAUCAGUGUUGCCUACCAUUAUUCCAUUUAUUUUUUUAUGUAAUGUCGCCACAUAACGUAACUACAUAUACUCUAGUACUUAAUGCAGCUUUAAUCAAUACAUAUGGCAAAUUUUUAUAUCUAAUGAUUCUAGAACUGCAACUUGUCUAUGUAGCCGUAAAAAGUAUGGUGUCCAUUUAGUAAUAUAAUCGUGUGGUUAUAGUAAAUUAUAGUAAUAUAAUUAUUUAUAUAUAUGUUUUUUUUUUUCUUGUUUUUUUUUUUUUUUUAAAUCUCCCUGGAGUUUUUCAAAGGACUACUUAAAGCACCCAGACAACAUCAGCUCAAUGAAGUUAUUUGGGUGCAGUGGCACUUAACCCUGCAUUGUAAAUUGUUGCACGUUUUUGUAGAAACUGUCAGGUUUCCUGACAGCCACUAGAGGUGCUUCCCCCUGUGAUAAGUCGGACUCCCAGAGCGUUUGACUGGUGCAGUGUGGUGACUUGCUGUGCAUGCUUUCCUGUGGGGAAGCAUUGCAUUAGUUGAAAUAAAUUGUGAUCUCAGCCAGGGAGGCAGUGGCCACAGCGAAGGAGUGAAAGUAAAACUACCCUUUUUAAAGCCUAAUGGAGGUGAUGGCCAUCUUAUCUAAAGCGGAAGGGUAACACUUUAGCUUUGGGAGUACGUGUGCAUUCCUAGUGCUAUAGUAUCCCUUUAACACAGGGCUCGAUAAAAUCUCCUGGCACCUGGGAUUUGAGAACCUGUUCCCUCCGAGGCAGGCAAGUCAGAGAGAAGGCAGGUGGGUGGUGAGGGAGAUGUAAUCUUACUGCUCCCUCAUGCUGUGCAGUGAUGUCUGGAUCAGGAAUAUGAUGGUCUCUGGCCCACAUCACUAAAGGGUGCUCAAGGGAGCAGAGCAAGAAGAGCUCAAGAUGAUCAGAGCAGCCACACUGGACCUCAGGGAAAUGAUCCACUCCAUCUCUCCCACAGGUAUGGAGGCUGGGUGGACUUAAAUUUAAAAUGUAUAAUUUGUAUGUACUGUCUGAGUUUCUGUUUUGGUUACUGGCCCUCCUCUCUGCAGCUGGCCUCGCUUCCAUGGCUGAGACAAUCAUUCUUGAUGAUCUGACAAUCCAGGGUUUUCCAAAAGGAAAGCAUUAGGAAGCUUUUGUGCAUGCACAGCAAACUCCACGCAUGGGGAAUACUCAGCACCUCCAUGCAGAGCGUGGACUAGGAAGCCCCUCUAGUGGAAGUCUGAGUGACUCACUAGAGAGCAAAGGAUACACUUUUCUCUGAAAAGGCAGUGUUUACAUUGAAGAGCCUGCAGGGACAGGCUAUAGAUGUCAUAUAAUAGUGUUUCUAGUGACUAUAGUGUCCCUUUAAGAAUUGCAUUUUUGUUACUGUAAACAAAGGUUAAAAAAAAACCUGUGGUGUGACCAGGGUCCGGUGCUGUUGUAAAUUUACCAUGAUAUUUUGGUAUUGUGCAAUACUAUAAAUGCCAGAAAAUUGGGGGGGUCUUCAUGCCAUACCAGAGGUAGUGGGCAGUUAUGGACUGAACGUAACUCUUCCUUUGCCAUACCUUAACUGAGGGGCCAGCAUGCUGGGGACUGAGUAGUUGUGCAAAUGCUAACAUUGAGGAUAUGGUGCCUAGUGUUCAAGUAUUCCCACAUCUGAAGGCUAAAGUUUCCAGUAAGACCACAAGCGCCUUCCUUAGCAGAUGUAGGUGUUUUAUGCUACCUGCCACUCUAUCAAUACUCUGCAUACACAUUAUGAUGUUGACAUUUUCCAACGUGCUGAGAUUUAACAUGGAUAAAGGCUGUUUAAUCAGCUUUUUAUAUUUAAUGUGCCUACUGCUUUCUUAAAUGUAGACAAUUCAGUAGAACUAGUAACUGACUGCUGUAACACUACUUGUGUUAUUUAUAAAGUGCUAACAUAUUCCUCAGCGCUGUAUAAUAGGUGGAUUAGCAAAUAGUUGCAACCAGAGGAGUUGGCUGUCUGGUAGACAGUCACUAGAGGAGAAGUUAACCUUAGCAGGUAAUUAUUGCAGUUUAUAAAAACUGAAAUAAUUACAUGCUCAGGGUUAAGGGUGAUGGGAGUUUGCACCCAGACCACUUCAAUAAGGUGAGGUGAUCUGGGUGCCAAGUGUCCCUUUAACACGGGUGGUCAUAUGCUGCCACCAUCUAAGGGACAGGACAAGCUAGGAGACCCUGCCAGGGUAACUGAGGACCCUGUAGGUUUUCCCAAAAGCUGCCUGCACCCCCUGGAAAAACCAUAACGGAGCUCAGUUAGCUCAGCUGCAGUUUUAUAAAUGAGCUAAAGUACUUUGUACAACCCUGCUCGCACCAAAUCUGCAGGACGUGUCAUCCUAAAGGCAUUAAAGCCUAUUACAGUUGGGACGUAUGACACGCCCUGAUGUCUGUAAGGGUUAAACUAAAUCUUAGUGGAGUAAUUAAAGUGGAUUUUAAGUGUGUGUACGUAUAUAUAAUUUAUUUAUUUUUAUAUAUAGAACACUGCUGUUUUGUAGCCUAGUUAAUGUGCAAAUGUGUACACAAGAUGGAUCUGUAUAAUUGUCUUGUGCUCUAUUGGGAAUAUCUGUAAUUCACACCAGAGUAUGAAUGGCAAUAUUUGUAUUAUGAAUUACAAGUACUGAAUAUAAAUUAGUGUCUUCAUCCUGCCAGUCCAUUUAUAAUUCAAUUGAGGUGCUUUACACUGAAUCAGACUUAUGAAAUGUCAUCACAAUAACUUUUACUUGUUUCAUUUGACACUUAUUUUUAAUCCUGUGUUGCAGGUGGCUUUAUGUUGCUGACAAAAUCUUGCUGGUCUCUGCAGCCUGAUUUGCCCAGUGAGAUCAUAAAAUGAUCUCUGAUCCAAUCCUGCAUGAUUCAAAACACCCAGCUCAAGAGGCACAAUUUUGCGAACAGCAAUGUUCCACAUUUGAACAAACUUUUACUGUGUGGUGUAAAAACCCACACCAGUCAAUGUUCCACAUUGUCUGAGAAAAGGGACCGCAUGUAUGCACCAAAACCACUACAUGAAAAUGUAGUUUUUUUUGGGGGGGGGGUUUGUACUUGGUGACCCUUAUAAUCAUUUUAUGGUUAGAGCCUCUAAAGAGCAAAGACUGGGUUUAAACAGUGAAUUGUAGUUAGUUGAAAAUGUAAUGUUCAAAAUGUCAUCUGGAAAAACUCUCCAACUGGAUUCUAGAUGGGUUUUCUAUCCAUUGGGGGUUUUAGUUCAUACCCUUUUUUUAUCAAACUGAUUUUGCACCCAAAUAGCCACUUAAUGGGGUACCAAUCAAGACCUGGUAUUGUAGCAGAACAAUUGGCAGGGUUGGCUGAACUGCUAGGCGAUAUUCAGUAAUCCUUAUGACUGGGUCACUGUGCAGUCUUGCCCUCCAACAGAAAGCAGCAUGACUCAAAAGUCCAACACUCUUGUCUUAAUAUAGUGGCAGUAAAUCUUCUGAUCUAAUUAUGAAGCACUACAGAAUAUAUCUCCUCCCCCUCCCCUGUGAAUACUCAGAAAAUAUGGCCUGUAGGGUACUGUAAUGGCUGUUGCCAUCAAGACCGCCCCCUCCCUUUUGUUUAGUCACACUACACUUCCUGGGAGCCACAAAUGCUUUGUGGAAACCUAAAUGAUCGACAGGCAUUGUAGGCUGACUCUUCACAGGCAAAUCCUUCUAUCAGAGCUGACCUAGAUUUGAGUUUAGGGCAUGUCUAUCUAGUAACAGAACAGCAAAUGCAGAAAAGAUAAAAUGCACUGAGAAUGCCAGUAGGUUUUCUGAAUCCAAAGUGCUUGGAAUUCUAUCUUAUCUGAUUCAAAAUUUUGCCUCAUCAGAUGUUUCGAUUUAAUAUUCUUUAUCUGUAGUUUGAGACCUCUGCUUAUAAAUGUAAAUCUGCACAGAUGUAAGAACGUUAUGAUGGAGAAAAUGGUGUAAAUUAUUCAGAGUAUAGUGUAAAUUGCAAAGAAAUAUAGUAGUCAUUAAACAUGGAGCAUUGUUAUUUGUACAGAAUUUUUUGUUUUUUGUUUUUUUGUGAACCUUGCCAUGUUUCACUAAUAUAGCUUUGUAAUGUUCACCAGCUUCUAAAAUAAUGCUGGCUUACAACUUCUGCAACCAUUUUUCAAAUCGUGGCCCAGUCUAUGGUUGGUGGACUCGCUCACAAUACAUGCAGUGGAUAGGAAACAACUUGUUCAAACACCCAUGUAUUUACCUCCCAUAGAAAUUUGCAUUGCAAAUGUGUGGGUUUUCUCCUUGUAUGAAUUGAGACUGAAUUGAGAUUGUAAAUGUGAAAAUGGCCUUAUAAAGGUCUGCAUUUAAUAUAUAACAAAGCUGCAGACAGAUUUAUCCUUAGUAUGUCAACUUUCCUUAGGUUUCAGUGUGUGAAACUCUACAGUUAAUGUUUGUGCCCAUUGUGACCCUUUAACCACAAAUGUUCAGAACCUUAAAGCGACCUGUAAAUUCUUACUUACCUGACGCAUCUGAUAUCUUGAUGUCAUGUCUGACUAUUUUGCCAUCUCUGAGCGCAUAUGUGCAGUUUGAGCCAGGGGGUAAAAACAAAUCCUUAUUUGUUAUGUAGGGAGGCGGGAGGGAGCACACGCGGAGGCUGUAGAAAACUAUCUUCCUCUUGCUGGAGGUGCAAUUUUCCCCGGCAAUUAAACAAUUCAAUAGAACUCUGACUGUGUAGUAUUUCAAUCCAAAACACUGCACAUCCAGACUCAUACCACCAUGACCACUAAAAAAAAAGUCGUGGUGGUUGAAGUAACCCUUUUAAGCCUUUCUCCUUAAUCUGCCCCCUCAGCAUCAGAAAACACUUCCUGAUCAGCGUAAAACAAAAGCCAUUUCUAAGCUGAAAGCCCAUCAGUUUACAUUAGGAAAAGACACCCAAUCUGACAUAGUAAGGAUAAAUCUGUCUGCAGCUUUGUUAUAUAUUAAAUGCAGAGACUUCAUUGUGUAUGCUAAGGAAAGAAUAUAUAUUGGAAUAAGACAAAUCUUAUGGGUGCAAUGUCACCUGUACUUUUAAAUUUGCUAUGUAAAAUGUUUCCAUCGCAGAGUUAAAUAGACCUCUCGACUGUCUUCCUAAAAACCACAAGAAGCACUUCCUUCUUCAGAACAAAGUUGGUCCUGCUCUUAGCAGCAUUUGAUUGGGGGAGUGUGGUGUUUGGCCAUGCAUGUGCAUCACUAAUCCAAUGCUUCUCUAGGAGAAGCAUUGGGUUGGACGUGAUCGUGAAAGUCUGAAAAGGGCGUGCUAAUUUCUUCUGAGGGUGCAGUGGACGAGUGUCUGUCUGAACUGGAAAUGAGGUGGCAUUUAUAUUGGGUUUUGUUUUCCCCCUGCCCCACUGCAAGAGGCAACAUCGCUUAAAUUCCAAUGCUUUCUCUUUAUAUUCUACAUGACUGGUUCUCAAUUGCUGCUUCGUCACUCAAACAUUUGUGCUUGUUAAUGGUUUGAGAUCUGUAAAUAUAUUUUUUUGUGUUGUGUGCAGAGAAGCUUGUAAAUAUAGUUGGACUUAUUUAUAGGCCAAGAAAGGGUAUUUCUAAUUUUUACAGAAACACUAGCUCUCAGCAGUAACCUUGUAGCUCUCGGGACUGGAAACCCUGGUGUUUAUAGAAUUCGUAGCUAUUUUUAACCACAUGAUUGGAUUAAUCUGGAAUUACCAUGCAAAUUAUGAUUGUUAAAAUGCCAGAUGUGCAUACAGUGAUGCAAUAUGUAUGCAUGUGUUCUGUACAAUAGUAAAUAUUUCCUGCAGACAUGUGUGGUUGCUUUCAGCAAAAAAAUCUGGCAAUCUAUACGGUGUCAAAUAAGUUUGUAGGUAUGCUGUAAAUGUUUUAGGAGCAUAAAUGUAACUAGGUUCACUUUUUGUUUUUGGUGUGCAUGGUGUAACGCUUAUAAGAAUAUAGUUCUUGUGAACACACAUCAGGCAGCCUUGAUCCAAUUGUCACGAAAUGUUAGAAUGCCAGUAUAUAUUUAUGCAGCUUAUUUUAUAGAAUGUGAAAGAUACCCGUUAACUGCGAAUCUUAAAAGUAAGCAAUGCGGUGUAUGUAACGUGAGUUAAAAAAUUAUAUAGCAGAAAAGAGAAGCCAUCCACAGCCCCAGGCUGAAACUGUGCACCGCAGAAUCUACUUCUCUCAGGCUUCCUUUUAAGACCGUUGUUGUUUCACUUAACUUUGCAUUGUUACCGUUGGUAUAUUUUAUUAAUACCGGAGGAUUCACCUGGCCAAUGCCCAACUUACUACUGAGCCUAUAACGAGAAACACGGUCACUCUCACUUAUGGCUUCUGGCCUCGUUCGAGCACAAAACUGCCUCUCUCCCUGUAACUCCUCAUACGUGACUAAAGCCUCGCUAGUCUACGCUAGGUACUAAGUGGCUACCUGCCAUUGGUAAACACAUACAAAGUUCACUUCAUAUAUAUUUUGCGUAUGCUGUUGACCAGAGUAACCAGUAGUACUCACUAGCCCACCUAUUGCCAUCUCAUAGGCCCGGGCAAUGUACACCGCGUACAUUCUCAUUAAGUUUUAUCAAUGAUUUCUUUUUUUUUUUUCUGUAUCGAUCUCGGAUUAGGGAACCGAUGGCAAUAUGUUAUCUAUCUUCUCCCUCCCCAUCGAUUCUUGAGUUUGAGAUGUUCUGCCUACUUGUACAUAAAGCGCAGUCACUCACUCCCUAGCUCACCUACAAUAAGUGUUUGCAUGUGUAUGGAAAAUGUCUUGUAUCCUAUUUAUGACUAUUACACUCCUGCGCAGGUUAACGUCCAUCAUAUUCAUGCUAUUGUUAAAGCUCACUGCAUGUCAAAAUCAUUACAAAAAAGCAGUCUACCCCACCAUCUGGUAGACCAGGGAUAAUUGACUUUUGGAAAUGUGUGGACUACAUCUCCCUUAAUACUUGGUCAGCAUUAUGGCUGAUGUAGUGAAUAUCUGGAGUGCCGAGGGUUGCCCAACCACUAGACCAGGGGUAGGCAACCUUUUAGCAGCACUGUGCCGAUAUACGAUUGUGAUGUCCCGUAGUGUGCCGAUCCUAUUUUUUUUUUUAAAUUGAGGUGUGUGUAUGCUGCCGUAUUCUGCUUGUUAUUUUUACUGUAAUUGCUUUUUAUCGUUGUAUUUGUGUGUAUAUGAGCUAUUAUAUUGUAUACACAUGAAUGUGGGCUGUGUAUGAGGGCUGCUUGUGGAAUUGUGUGUGUGUGGAUUGAUAUGUCACAUUGUGUGUUUGGUAGUGUGUGGGGCUGUUUGGGGUAUUGCAUGUGAGAGGCUGCAUGUGGGAUUGUGUGCAUGUAUGUAGAUUGUUAGUGGUGUUGCGCUUGUGGGGAUUAUGUGUAUGUUUGUGUGUGGGCUGUUCGUAUUAUUUGUAUGAGGGGAUGCUUAUUCUGCAGGUCUGUGUAUAUCUAGCAUUGUGGGUGGCUUCCCUGGGUUCCAGUGGGGACUGGUAUAGGUCAAGGUCAAGGCUGGCCUGGUAUAGGUCAAGGGCAGGAGCUGCAGCCGCAGCUGCAGGCUGCUCUACUACAGUGUAGAUUCCCAUUCACAAGUGCUGGGAGGAACUGAUCUGAGAUCACUUCCUCUACGUUCUGCAAUGCAUAAAUUGAGUAUUUUCCUUUACCACCUUUUCGUAUUAGCAGAUAUCUGAAGUUUCACUGAGACUCCUGAUAGGCCAGAGCCUGUUUGGCUCUAGCAGCCCUGAGUGCCGUGGAAAGACACCUCGAGUGCCGUGCAUGGCACUAGUGCCGUAGGUUGCCUACCCCUGCCCUAGACCAUCAAAAGCACAUUCAGAGCAUUUUGUGUAUGAGUCAAUUUAUAACUGCACCAUCAGCACAUGUCGCACUUGAAGACACGUCCAAGGCAGGCCUGUGCAGGUGUCUGAGGGUUCAGUGUAUCGUAAAUGGAUAUUGCCUUGGGAUACAGAUGCUGAAGUGUUUUGUUUGCCACCUUCUGAAUUAAUCAGCCCAGUAAGUGCUUUGGCAAUUGCCUACUGGGGUGAGAAAUGCAAAAGUGGCAGUUUUUAUUGAAAUUGUUCUCUGCAAAACACAAAUUGCCCCGAGGGAGGGGUGGCAGAAUGUGUACAGAAACUGAUUUUAGUUGAUUACAUAACUGCUUUGGCUUUGUUGCUUCAACAGCUAUUUAAGCUCUGACCCUAAAAGCAAAAACAAACGCAACAUUAUAUUAAGCAAAUAUCUUGUGUAACACAAAUGUGGAUGACUUGGUCCUCAACAAGCUCCUGUAAGUAUGAUCAUGGAAUGGACAGGCUCUACCAAAGACUCUGUGCAAAAAUCACCAACGAAUUUGAUGUUGGAAAAGGCUUCCAAAAGGUGUGCCAUGCUAACACCCUCUUUUAUGUCCACUUCCAGAUUUUCAGUUUGUUGUAACAAGCUAGGGCUGCUACUGGGUGAAAACUUGCCCAUGCAGCCACAUAUGCCACAUAUGCCUUGGAUAGAUAAUACAUUCUCUCCAUGGCAUCCCUCAUGGAGCCUGUACAGUCUAAAGCAGGGGUUCCCAAUUAAUUUUUCCUGUGGAACUCUACAUAAUGUAUCAACAUCGUGGAACCCCCAGGGUGUAUCUGGGUUUGUAUGUGCCAGUAUGUGAAUCUCUUUCUCUCUUUCUCUCUUUCUCUCUUUCUCUCUUUCUCUCUUUCUCUCUUUCUCUCUUUCUCUCUUUCUCUCUUUCUCUCUUUCUCUCUUUCUCUCUUUCUCUCUUUCUCUCUUUCUCUCUUUCUCUCUACAUAAGUUUCAGUGAAACUGCUAUAUUUACAUAUGGGUUAAUCCAGCCUCUAGUGGCUGUCUCAUUGACAGCCGCUAGAGGCGCUUCUCACUAUCAUUUUCAGUGAGAAGACGCAAGCGUCCAUAGGAAAGCAUUGAGAAUGCUUUCCUAUGGACUGGCUGAAUGCGCGCGACUCUUGCUGCAAAUGCGACAUCCAAAGAGCGAGGAGAGUCCCCAGCACUGAUGGAGACCGGCGCUGGAGAAAGGGGAGUGUUUAACCCCCUUCCUCCAACUUCAGCCUGGCGGGAGGGGAACCCUGAGGGUGGGGGCACCCUCAGGGCACUAUAGUGCCAGGAAAGAGUUGGUUUUCCUGGCACUAUAGUGGUCCUUUAAUGAAGCAGUUAUUGUCUGUAAUGUUAAUCUCACUACUGCACAAUUCUCUGCCAUUUAGGAGUUGCAUCACUUUGUUUAUGCAGCCUUGCCACUACACUAUUUACAAGAAGUGUGUAAUCACAGGCAAAGGUGGGGGUACCUAGGGCUGCAUAAACAGUGAUUUUACUCCCACAUGGCAGAUAAUUGAGCAGUGAAGACAGCAGAUGUGUCACCAAAACUGCUUCCUUAAGCUUAAGGUUUUAAAGUGCCUAUGUGCCAGUGAGGGCUAACCUUGACACCAUAAAUUGUUUCUGGACUACAUUUCCUGUGAUGCUCAGCUAGCUUUAAGUCUAAAAGCUAGCUGAGCAUCACGGGAAAUGUAGUCCAGAAACAGCUCUGCUGGCCUGCCAAGCAGUGGCGUAGCGUGGGUUGUCAGCACCCGGGGCAAGUAAUUUGCGCCCCCUAACCCGUGGAUUUUAGCACUCGAGUCUCUUCCACUAGAUUAGUUAAAGAAACCCUUACCCCCCAAGCACAUGUAUUGUUUGUUAUGAAAAUACUUAUGUAAUUAAAGUAAAAUGCAUCUAAAUACAAGUUUAUUUUCCAACACUUUGAGUGCGAACAUGCAUUACACACAUUCUCCACAUUUUUAGCAGGUCUAUGAAUACAAAUAUACAAAUGUAGUAACCUAGCAUGGGCCAUGCUAUUAUGUCGUCUCACAACCAUCGUAAACGACAAAAUAUCAAGAACAAAAACUAAAAAAAAUCUCAUUACAAUACAAUACAUGAACAUAUUGACUUACUGCACCCAUCCCCUCCCCCUAAAAAUACAUUUCCACCAUUACAACUUAUUUUGCAGAUUUUUUGUUAUAUACACAAUUAACAUAUUGCAUUUACUGCCCACUCCUCCUAAAACUAUAAUUUACUUUACAGUCAAUAUAAAAAAAAAAAAAAAAAAAUACUUACACUUCUCUGAACACUUUCUCUGAAGAUACCGGCAGCUGCUCUCUCAGGAUGCUCGGCUAGGAGAAAGGGUGUGAGGGUGUUCCCGGCGUCCUUCAUGUGGAGGCUAUGCGCAUGCGCUGUUACCGGCCGUGACUCAUUUCAUGACGUCACGGUACGCGCUUACGUUCAGGCGCAGGGGAGGUCAGAAGGAGGAGCCACCGAGCCAGUCCGUCCUACACUAUCCUGGCACCCCCUCCCCUCCCCCCCCCGCACAGUGAGCGGCGGCUCGGAUCGGAUUCGCACAGCCAGCACUGCAGAGAGAGUGAGCCAGGCAGGGGCAGAGAGCUGCGAGCGCGCCCCCCAGAUGUUGCGCCCGGUGCGGCCGGCCCCCCCUGCACCCCCCACGCUACGCCUCUGCUGCCAAGUACAUGCACAAUUUUAACGGAGCCCAGCUCUGAACAAACUUUCAAAAUACCUGGAACUUACCAUGCAGAUGAGUGCAAAUCCUGACAUGAGCAUUUGUUGGACAAAUAAUGCUUCUGCUCAGAGGACCUAAUGGUAAGAGAUGCACUGAAAUACAAUAUGCAUGCAUUGUGACGCAUUACACAGAGGGUGUAAUACAAGCAUGUCAAACAUGCGGCCCAUGGGCCUCAUGUAGCCCACAUUGAACAUAUUUGCGGCCCACCUGCCCUGGGGCCGCUUUCAGUGGUGGCUGCAACCAUUAAGACACAAAAAAGAUAUUUCCUGAUUUUUGCUCUCCCUGCCACAAGAGAGCAGAGUGGCGGAGGGGGCCAGCGUAUGAGUUUGAGGGAGGGAGGGGGCCAGCGUAUGAGUUUGAGGGAGGGCAGUCCAGUGUAUUAACCUGGGGGAGGGAGCCGGCCAGUAUAUGAAAGGACCACUAUAGUCUCCCAGACCACUUCCACUCAAUGAAGUGGUCUGGGUGCCAGGUUUUAACCCUGCAGCUGUAAACAUAGCAGUUGCAGAGAAAUUGCUAUGUUUACAUUGCAGGGUUAAUCCAGCCUCCAGUGGCUGUCUUCCUGAAAAACUUGCAUUGAGCACGCAGAACGUCCAUAGGAAAGCGUUCUGAAUACGCGCGGCUCUGGCUUCGCAUUCGGCUCCACUAGGGAGCUGACGUUGGAAGGGGAGAUGUCAGAGCGCUGGAUAAAGGAAAGUGGCUGUAGGGGUUUUAACCCUUUCAGCCCUGACGGUGGGGGGGAACCUAAAGAUUAUAUAGUAUCAGGAAAACGAGUUUGUUUUCCCGACACUAUAUAGUGGUCCUUUAAUUUGGGGAAAUCGGGGCCAUUGUAUUAAAUUGGGUAAGGGGUGAGUGUUUAACCCCUUAGGGAAACAAUGACAUGUCAUGAUUCCCUUUUAUUCCAGAAGUUUGGUCCUUAAGGGGUUAAAUUGGGGGAGGGCAGCGCAUUAAAGUGGAGUUGGGGGCAGUCUAUUUAAUUAGAUUGGGUCUGCAUGGAGGCGCUGAAUGCUCCCCAUGGAGAUGCUGUUUGGCUGCUCGGCUGUACAAUAGCGUCCCAAUGCUUUCCUAUGGGAAAUCAUUGGAUUGGCUGAGAUCGAGUUUGAUGAUCUCAGCCAAAGUGAAGCACACACUCAGAACUUCAAAACAAACAAGAUAACUUUUUUUAAACAGCUAUGCAACAGCAUACAUUCCCCAUUUCAGUCCCAUUACCAAACAUUUCUUAAUAUGCCAAGGUAGUUGGACUGAAACGUUGUUUACAUGCAAAUGCAUUUCUUAACAUAAAUUUGCUCUUUUGUUUGUUUUGAAGCUCUACAAGCACAAGGACGUCCAGUGUCAGGCAACUUUUUUAUACUGUACUUUUAUAAAUAAUAGAAAAGGGUUCUAUGACUGUUAAUACUUAAGACACAUUGCUGCUACGCUGUUUUAACAGUCAGAGGUGAUACACCAGUGAGACACUCCAGUGUUGUCUCGGGGCUUAAAGGGACACUAUAGUCACCUGAACAACUACAGCUUAAUGUAGUUGUUCAGGUGAGAUCUAUAGCUCCCUGCAGGCAAUCUAAUGUAAACAGUGUAUUUUCAGAGAAAAUACAGUGUUUACAUUGAUAGAAUACCUCCAGUGGCCGUCACUCAGACGGCCACCAGAGGUACUUCCUAUCAUGUAGGGCCCUAAAAAGGCCUUGUACACGCGAGACGUAUUAAAAUACGUCUGACGUGUGCAGGAGAGAGAAGGCACUGUGUGCGCGCCUUCUCUCCUCUGCCUGUCAGCAGAGGAGCGGGGGCGGGCAAAGACCCUGAGCUGUCAGUCAGCUCAGCUCGCGACCGCGCGGUAGUGCGCUCAGGACUUCAGAGGGUGGCAUGGACAUGAAUACCACCGUCUGAAGAAUGUGUGCAUGUGCGGUGAAGCGCACAAGGGAGAAAUGACGCUCUGAUUUCUCCCUGCUCACGCCUGCCUAUUUCGUCAUUUUGACGAAAUAAGGGGCGCGGCUUCAUGAGGCUCCCGGCGCUGGAACCAGGUGAGUAAAAAGGCUUGGCUGGAGAGUCCCUUUAAACCCAUGUAUGAAGAGGAAUAAGCCAAAAUCUUCUCACAUAAGUGAGGAGAGGGCUCCCUAGAUAUAUACCAGUAUCUAAAGUAAUGGUGUGAUCUCUGUGGUGGAGACAAAUGUAACAAAAACUUAACUUAUAAGCAAAAUGGCUAAAUACAUAAAUUCCUUAGCCUGUUUUGCGGCCCACAUAAACGUAAGCCUUGUUUAUUUGGCCUGUCUUAGCCUUUGAGUUUGACAUGCUUGCUGUAAUACAUAUCAGGAAUUUUAAAUUAAAUGGAUCCUAUAAUGUAAGAAAUAGAAAGUUGUAUUCCUUAGACUAUAGUGCCCUCUGGUCCCUGUUCAGCAGUUAAAGGGGUUAAACCUUUGGUCACCUGAUUCCAGCAUUGGUGCCCAAAGCCUCCUCUGUCAUCUUAUAGGUGCUAAUGUGCAUGCGCAUUAGGCCCUCCCCAUAAGUGGCAGUCUUAGUCCUGCAAUGCAUUCAUUGUAGUCUCUCUAAAACAGAUAUAUUUUAAUUUUUGUAGAUUGCAAGACUUAGGGGAACAGAGACACUAGGCACCCAGAUCAAUAUUUCAUUGAAGCAGUCUGGGUGAUUAUUAUUAUGAGUGCCAUUUAGAUUCUAUAGCGCUUUACAAUAUGAGAGGGGGAUUUAACUAUAAAUAGGACAAGGAGGUGGGGUGUAAAAACACAUUUGGACAGGAAUUUGCAGUCAAAUAAGGUGGGCUGCCCUUUAGGAGAGAGCAAGAGACAGGUAUGUGAGGUAGAGGUUAGUCUGGGAGGCCAUAAGCUUUCCUAAAGAGAUGGGUUUUAAGGCACUUUUUAAAGAUGCAAAACUAGGGGAGAGUCUGAUGGCGGUAGGCAGCGCUAUUCCAUAGGAAGGGCGCCGCCCACAAGAAGUCAGUGUCCCUUUUAAGGAAAGUUACGUUUGUAUUUAUAAAAACCAAUGCUCACAAUACACACUAUAUUAAAUAACACUAAGUACAUCUCGUGUCUAUUUUUGACUGCCAGCUCUGGCAUUGGGGGAUGAUCAGCGUCCUUCACAUACUUCCUUGGUUACGGAGUUGUGUAUAGAGGUCUUGGUCUGUAUGCAGUGCCAACAGCUACAUGCACCUGGAGUGACAGGUGUUGUGUUCUGGCCGUGCACACAGUGUUGCAUAUAGUGCAGACAGGUGUUUUGCGCGAGGCUGGGGCUGUCUCAUACUGAUGAGUCUGCUGUAGGCGUGCGGUAAUGACGUCACACUAAGUCUAGUUGGUGGAAGCGGCUGCGGGCUCGGCGCUUGUGAUUGGUCCCUAUCUUGGCUAGAGGGGUGACGUCGGCGCCCGAGCUAAAAUGGAAGCGCGCGCCCCCUUCUUGAGCGGCCACGCUGCGUGCGCGCUCCCACAAUGUUGUGAAUUGAAGUUUUGUCGUUGUCUGUCUCGGGGCCGCGCCCGGGACCUUAAAGGGCCAGUUACCGGAGCACGGGAUCGCGCUUGCUCGCCUCUCAGGAGCUGGGCGCGCUCCGCACCUGUCCGGGUGACUGCCAUGGCACCCGCCGUUGCCUAGCGUAGAGGAUUGUCCAAGGGGCCCGAGUCCGGCAGGUAAAGCAGGCACACAAGGUGGCCGACACACCUAGAGCCGUGACCUGACCCCGACCUCAGCCCUGACUGGGAAUAACGGGCUCCGGGAAUGGCGGCUGCACGGGGCUCUCAGCCUGGGGCCCGAGGUGGGAAUAGCCUGCACCUCGUCCAGCGGCCAUACCUUGCAUGUCACAUAACGAAUUUACCGUGUCAGCCCUGGGCCACACGGCUCUCCCCUGGCAUGGGGGGUCUAUAGCCAUGCCAGACCACCAGGCUCUCCCCGGCAUGGGGUCUAUAGCCAUGCCAGACCACCGGCUCUCCCCUGGCAUGGGGGUCUAUAGCCAUGCCAGACUACUGGCCCUUAUGGGGGGGGGGGUCUAUAGCCAUGCCAGACUACAGGCUCUCCCAUAUGGGGGGGGGGGUCUAUAGCCAUGCCAGACCACCGGCUCUCCCCUGGCAUGGGGGGUCUAUAGCCAUGCCAGACCACCGGCUCUCCCCUGGCAUGGGGGGUCUAUAGCCAUGCCAGACUACUGGCUCUCCCAUAUGGGGGGUGGGGGGGGUCUAUAGCCAUGCCAGACUACAGGCUCUCCCAUAUGGGGGGUGGGGGGGGUCUAUAGCCAUGCCAGACUACAGGCUCUCCCCUGGCAUGGGGGGGGGUCUAUAGCCAUGCCAGACUCUCCCCUGGCAUGGGGGUCUAUAGCCAUGCCAACCACCGGCUCUCCCCUGGCAUGUGAGGGGGUCUAUAGCCAUGCCGGGCUACUGGCUCUCCCCUGGCAUGGGGGGGGGGUUCUAUAGCCAUGCCAGACUACCGGCUCUCCCCUGGCAUGGGGGGUCUAUAGCCAUGCCAGACUACCGGCUCUCCCCUGGCAUGGGGGGUCUAUAGGCCAGGGACUCCCUGGAGGGUCUAUAGCCAUGCAGACUACCGCUCUCCCCUGGCAUGGGGGGUGGGGGAGGUCUAUGGUGCUAUGCCCAUGCCAGACCACCGCUCUCCCUGGCAUGGGGGGUCUAUAGCCAUGCCAGACUACCGGCUCUCCCCUGGCAUGGGGGAAGGGUCUAUAGCCAUGCCAGACUACCGGCUCUCCCCUGGCAUGGGGGAAGGGUCUAUAGCCAUGCCAGACUACCGGCUCUCCCCUGGCAUUGGGGGGGGGUCUAUAGCCAUGCCAGACCACCGGCUCUCCCCUGGCAUGGGGGGGGGUCUAUAGCCAUGCCAGACCACCGGCUCUCCCCUGGCAUGGAGGGGGUCUAUAGCCAUGCCAGACUACUGGCUCUCCCCUGGCAUGGGGGGGGGGUUCUAUAGCCAUGCCAGACUACCGGCUCUCCCCUGGCAUGGGGGGGUCUAUAGCCAUGCCAGACUACCGGCUCUCCCCAGGGCAUGGGGAGGUCUAUAGCUAUGCCAGGGCAUGGGGAGGUCUAUAGAUAUGCCAGACCACUGGCUCUCCCAGUAGCCCUUGUGCUGCAUUACGGGCAGGGCAUGAAAAGUGCUCCCUUAAUAUGGUUACUAGCCUGAGACACAGCCUGGUGGUAGCCCUGCUGUAGUAUUUAUUGUACACCUGGCCAGCAAUAUAAUGUGCCACCGUACUACGUAGGGGAGACUAGUCCAGGAAAACAGAGUAAAUCUGGCUGUAGGUCAGGGUAGGCAACCUUGUACACUACAUCUCGUAUAAUCCUGGAAAAGCAUCAAGGGAGCAGCCACCACUUCUGGAGUGCUGAAUGCUGCCGACCCCCCUGGUGUCGGUAUACCCAGAGUCCUCACUAAGCCCAGGACUGGGGUGUCUGCAGGUGGUACAUGUCUUGUUUGCCCCAGGCUGUGUAAUACAUGGAUAUAUCUGUAUACAGUGUGUACACUACCUAAUGUGUAAUAUUUGGAUAUUGCCAUUUAUAUAGCGCCAACAGAUUCCGUAGCGCUUUACAAUAUUAUGAGAGGGGAUUUAACUAAAUAAGACCAUUACAAGAAAACUUACAUAAAUGAUAGGUUGAAAAAGGGACCCUGCUCAAACGAGCUUACAGCUAUCGCUGUGUACGGUGUGUGUGUGUACACGGCCUGCUCUGUGUAAUAGCUGUGUGUACACUGACUGCUCUGUGUACUACCUGGUUGUAGCUGUGUGUAGACACCUGGAUAUAGCUGUGUGUACACUGACUUCUCUGUGUAGACACUGUAUCCAUGUCUGGCAACACUGCAAUAAGCUCAACUGCAGCUCCCAUUAUAUAAAUUAUUUUAGUCUUGGGCUUGCAAAGAAACUUAUGAAAAUGGAGGUGUGGUAGUAUGUGUGUAUGUAUAUGUAUGUGUAUAUAUGUGUGUGUGUGUGUGUGUAUAUAUGUAUGUGUGUAUAUAUAUAAUUUUCAAUUUUCUUAAAAAUUUUUUCACUAAACCUCUGGGUUAAAGCUUGUCCUGUAACGUACACCACCCAUGAAUUUUUUUAUUUUUUUUAGUAAACGAUCAGGAUCCGGUUAUUGGUGUUAAUUACUUUUAUUACAUCCUUCUCUCUCCCCCCAUCUCCUCUGCUCCGUUGUAACAGGGUACGUGUAGCGGCUGGUCUCCGGUGCCGUUACCCGGUGUGUCCCGGUUAGGCUGUCCACACGUGCUGGUCAAUGUGUGCUGCCUGUUGUUGUUGUUGUUCCGCUGUCUGCUCCCUGCUUCUCUCUGCCAGCCUUUCCCUCCGCCCCUUUUGUAAUCCUCUCCCUCCCUUUGUGUCUCGGUGGGCUCUGCUCACUGUGCCACUUUCCGUACUGGCAGUGCAUGGCCCCCCAGCUCGGCGGGUGACCGGAUCGGUAAGUAUCUGGGGGCUAGUCGUGGCCACGGUGCGCUGUGCUGCAGCUGUUUUUGUGGCUGUGAGAAGUCUGGGGAUGUAUCCUUUGUUGCUUUGUUUCCUGCUGAGCACAUGGUCUGAGCAGCGUUGUCUCUUAAAGACACAGACUCGCCUUGGCCCGUUUCAGUUGUCCCCAUGCUCCCUCUGCCUUCUAUAUGCCGGUCAUCCGUGUGGGGGUAAUGUGGACCUUUAACAGGCACAUACAGGGAAUGACCAUUCCUAUAUUCAGCCCUCUCGACUGAGCUCACAGACCACCCGAUCAAUAAACGUGUGCUUCAUACUGCAGGAAAUGUUUCUUUUGAAAUGUCGCUUUAUUUUGGUUCUUUUUGUUCUUUUCCAUGCUAUUGUAGUACAUUACGUUGAUCUCCCUCUUAAUCUUAAAUUAUUUUUAAUGUUCUUUGUGUUGCACAUAACAUCCCCAACAAAUACUGCUGUGACGCUGACCAUGUUGCAUUUUAGUUUCUAACAAGGCUGCCCAAUUCUUUAAUACUCUGUCAGAAAAGGUAGAUUCUGCUAUUUCACCCUUGAGAUUGGCAAGGAAUAGUGAUGGAUAUAGUGGGACAAUAGCUAAGGUUUAGCUACACAAUACUUGAGUCACCUAAAUUUAUUAAACCACUCUGUUAACAAUAGUUGCCUGCAUGUCAGUGCUCAAGUCUUUAACCAUCCAUUAAGUAACUUAAUUCUGCUUAUUUUUGAUCAAUUACUAUAAACAAUGCUGCAUAUUGACCCACUAUAGCUGACCUAAUUCUGAUGGGAAUAGCUUAAAUAGGCAAGCCAAGGAAAUGAAUAAGACCAUGCUUGCAAUCAGGUGACUCUCUAAAGUCUCAAUACCUUGCUUGUUGAGCCUUGAAAAGCGUUGACUUGUUUUACCACUUGGUACUGUUUAACGGUGCAAUAGUAUUUGCAGUGCAUGCUUAUUUGCACCUAUAGUUGAGGCUUGAGUUUGUAUCCACAUUUGUGGUUUGUUUGAAGAUUAAGAGAAGAAAAAAAAAACUCAACCUUGUUCCAAAUGGACCCCUUAGAAUUGAACUUUAGAUUUUCAUAAGCCUCAUGGAUUGUAAGAUUUUUAGUAUGCUAUUGUAUGUCAAUUGUCCAAUUUCCAUUCUAUAUUUCUGCAAUAUGCUAAUGAAUAGAAAGUGGAAUAUUUGGACAAUCUUAAACACUAUAUAAUGCACAGGCAACACCAUGUUAAUCUAGCAUUGUGCAGCGGGCUUAAUUUAAUGAUCUGACUAGGUGUCACACCCAAGCCAUCAUGUUUGUUAAACAGAUUUAUAAGAUAAAGGGACUAUUACACAAAGGGUGGCCUAAAGGUAGAUGCAAGUUUGGCAGUGGUUCUCCAGCAGCUGGGAUCUACUUAUUGGCUUUUAGAUAUGUCUGGAUUCAACAGGAUUCAAAUACUUGGUAAAGUGUUUAAAUUCCAUAUUGGGGUCUGCCAAUUAACCUUCACAAUAAUCGUAAUGGGAAUUUGCUAUCCUCAAGCCUAUGUAUUGUUUGUGCACCUAGCGUUGGCAACUCAAGUGCCUACUCUGCUUUUGCUUAUCAAAAAUAGAGUAAGGAAUAUGGCAGAGUGGCUGUAUGCAUAAGUGUCAUAUUCAACUGUGUAAUAGCUUUACUGUAGUUUUUCAGGGGCACUUGUGAAUUGCACAUCUGCAAGAAGUGGCUAGAUUAGCUGUGUAAUGCUAUACCCAGUGGCAAAGCUAGACCUUAUUUUACCCAUGGCAGAGCCUAACUGUCAGCUCUGCAGCUUUUGAAUUUGUGUAAGGAAGACUACUUGUGGGCUUUGUUUUUAUGAUGAGGCUAUCUGAGAGGUGACUGUAUGACUCACCAUCUUCAGGGGGUGACUGUGGUAAUGUGAGGGAUUGGUGUGUGGCUAAGAGGGGUGGUGAGAGACUUGACUGGGGCAAGGGCUGAGUACCAGUAUGUGAAAGGCUAUGUUAAAGGAACACUAUAGUCACCUAAAUUACUUUAGCUAAAUAAAGCAUUUUUAGUGUAGAGCUCAUUCCCCUGCAAUUUCACUACUCCAUUCAGUCAUUAAGGAGUUAAAUCACUUUGUUUCUGUUUAUGCAGCCUUAGCCACACCUCCCCUGGCUAUGAUUGACAGAGCCUGCAUGAAAACAAAACUGGUUUCACUUUCAAAGAGAUGUAAUUUACCUUAAAUAAUUGUAUCUCAAUCUCUAAAUUGAACUUUAAUCACAUACAGGAGACACUUGCAGGUUCUAGCAAGCUAUUAACAUAGCAGGGGAUAAGAAACUCUUAAUUAAACAGAACUUGCAAUAAAGAAUGCCUAAAUAGGGCUCUCUUUACAGGAAGUGUUUAUGGAAGGCUGUGCAAGUCACAUGCAGGGAGGUGUGACUAGGGUUCAUAAACAAAGGGGUUUAACUCCUAAAUGGCAGAAGAUUGAGCAGUGAGGCUGCGGGGGUAUGUUCUAUACACCAAAACUGCUUCAUUAAGCUAAGGUUGUUCAGGUGACUAUAAUACCAUGGAGAUUUCUCACUUUUAGUACUUAAGACCAUUUUUUUAGAAUAGAACUUUUUUUUUUUUUGCCUUGACAAACUCCCAAAUUUAAGCUUUUGCUGAAAUGCAUAUAUUGCGAUGGCUCAAAUCUGGCUGUGCCAUGGUCUCUUAAGGCCUACAAGUUACUCACCACUGCAAGGCUGAAAAGUAGACUUGCAGUGUUGAGACCUGAUACAGCUAUACAGAAUCUACCCAUAUUAAGAGGAGAAAAAAAUAACUCUUCCUUAAAUCUCCUAGAAUGCCUUGCAGAUAAUCAGACCAUGUUGUAAUCUAAAGCAUUCUCACUACACUUCUGUAAAAAUCCUCCUGUAUAAAAGCAAAAAAAACCUUGUAACAUUUUGUGCAUUUAAUGUGGGAACAAGUUAAUUCAUAUGUAUUAACAUGCUAUAUAAAUGUAUAGUUAUAAACUGGGCUUAAAACAUCUACUCCCCACUAGCCAUUGACAAAUACAAUUUAGCCGUGUCGAGCGUACUAUGGCUUGCACUGGUUAUAGCCAGUGUUUAUAAUUUUGAAGUCUUUUAUAAUAUUGAGCUCUUAAAGAUGCUAAAUAAUAUAAACUUCCUCACUAUUGCCAAAUGAGUUCUACCAUUAAAAAUAACUCAUCCAUUCUUCUGAGUCGAAGUACUUGAUAUGACACUGAAUCUCUCAACAGAAAUCUUUCAGAAUAGUGGGCCCAAAUGGGGAACAAAGUAUUUUCAAUUAAAAUGAGUACUUGUUUAUUAAAUCUACUUUAACAGUUCAUCCAGUCUUUUCCCCCUCCCUUUAAAAAAUCAUUCUAAUGCAUCACAUUACAUAUGAAUAAAUUCAAGGUCCGGUUCUGCCAGCAUUUCCAAAAUGUCAUGGAAGCUUCCUAUUGACUCCUUAACUAAAGCAAAUGCUGUGGCACCUUGCAAGCACUCAUGAAGUGGAUAUGGUUUUUCUUUAAGACUUUUCCCCAUGCCUGUUUUACAAAGAUAUGUGGUGACCAAAACAAAGGCAAAUGUAUAGAUGAAGUGUUGCUGAAAUACAACUGCCUCUACAAAGGUGGUUGCAACAGAAUUACAUAUGUCUGGAAACCUCUGCUCACUACCUUUUUGUAUGUGUGGGGAGGGGGGGGGGGCGGGGUGAAUAUUUUUGGGUAUGUUAGUGACCAUUCAAGUUCUAAUACAUAUCUGUUUUGAGGGGUUUGUUGUGGUGCAUGUGCUUUGACAGUUAUCAAAUAUUGAGGACGUGUUCAAAGUUAAAUUGAUUAAUUUGCACUUAUUUGUUUUAUAUACUAGUCUGUAAUGUUACCAGAAAAUUGGACAUUAUCUUGCCAGUGAUGCCUAAGUGUAGGUUUCAUGGGUAAUCUGCUUUUUGGCAGAGCGCAGACGACAGGUGUGAAGAUACGGCGUGUUGUGGAAGCCCCUCUCGCCACUCCACCUUCCCGACGUCACAAAUGCGACCAUGGGAGCUGGCAGUGAAUAGGUGGCCUCCCUCAGCCCCCAUUAACCAGCGGAGGUUCUUGGGGCCCUGCAGCACCCCUGCACAACUCAGACGAAGGUAGGAGCUGCGGGGCUCUAGAAAAGGUACCACUUUCUAAAAUAGUGCACCUUAGAGGUUGGCUGCCUCAUCUCACACUUGUACAUUAAGACAAAUAAUGAUAAAUAAAUUUGGUAUUUCUUGCAUCUGUCACAAUCAAGUCGUUUUCUAAUGGAGUUUCUCAAUGUCUCUUUCCCUCAUUCCCUUCUUUCCAUAUAUAUUUUUUUUUUUUCCCCCCUCUGUCCUCAUUUUACCCUUUAGUCCUCCAGUAAGGCACCAGUGGGGACGCAGGGACAGACCUCAGAUUGUCUUUGGACAGGAUGAUGGUUUUGUGCGGCCAGCCUUCUUUCCUGUAGAUGAUCGUAGAGUCUUUGCCCUCAACAGUGCUCCACCACGAAUGCUUCAUCCUGCUACACACUCCACCCAACAGACACCAUUCAUGGUUGACCUCCACGAACAGGUAACUUGUGUAUUCUCGAAAAGUGGUUAGAACAUUAUGAAUGCUUCAGCUUGGUACUGAACCAUAAUAUUGCAGGUUUAUUUAAAUUUUGUGCUCAAUGAAUUGUAUGCAGCUUGGUGUAGCAUUUGUCUGACCCCUCAGUGGAGCUAAACUCAAGAUGCAUUCCGUUGCCCAGAGCACCUGCCUUGCAAAGACGACUUGUCAUUGAGCUACAUUGGAAAGUCUGAACAGCCACAGAAAGUUUGGGCUGGGGAAGGAGAGGGCUUGAAUGCCGCAGAUCAGAACUGCAGCUUUUGCUACUUAAGAUGUACAGAAAAUCAAAGGAAAUGCAGUGCAAAUUUUGGGGUGUACUAUGAUCCCCUUUAUCUUCACACUUUAAACCCAAUUGCAAUGGCAGGUUAUCCAUGAUACUAUGUCUAAUGUAGAAAGGUGCAAAUGAUUGUCCAAUUAAAGUUAUUCAAAAUAAGUUAUUGCAACAAAACACCUUUAUUUUUAUUUUUUUAGUGAGAACAUAUAUAGAAAGCUGGGUCACUUGUUUUUGGUGCCUUUCAGGAUAUCACAUCAUGUCAGGCUUUUGAUACUCUGCUACCUUACAGGUAUAGGCAUCGAUCCUCCCAUCCACAAUCAACAUGGCUAGCCAGUAUCUCACUCUUGUGUUUCCUGGCUUGUAUGAUUACCUGCAGGCUUUUUUUUUUUUUUCCUUAUGAACUAUGCAGAUGGAAACAGAACACAUAUCAUAAACCUUAAUGAAAGCAAAGCAGGAGCAUAUCAUUCAGAUAGAAGUGAAAGAAUAUCCGGAUGAUACCCAAAAACUGUGGCAACUAAUUUUAAGUAGGAAGUAAAGUCCAACAACAUCAGGACAUGCAUUCAAACAUUAACAUACUGUAUAGUGCAAAUUAUGUCAAAUAUCGAAAUGUAAUGAUUAGAUUUUUGACCAAUGUAAGUAGGUAAUAGGCAGGACACCAAUGAAAAGGUGGUAACUAGUGGCAACUGAAACAUAAAUAAGCAAAAUUGCUGUAAAUAUUACACAUUCAUACUCUGGCCUUAUCUUCAGAUAGUGAUUAAGGACUUACGGCAAAGCCUAUGGUGAUAUAAAGACCCUUGUGCAGCUUGUUUUAUCUGAAGAAAUAUUAACACCAGUCCAAGCACAUAAUUCACAAAUAUUGCAUCAAUAAAAUGUCAGGAAUGAACAUCACUUAAAGGGACACUAUAUUCAGCUUAACCCCUUAACGCCGUUACGGCGUUCUAUGCCGUCGCACAUUAAAAGGGCUUUAAAGCUGUUGCGGCGGCAUAGAACGCCAUAACAGCUUGUAGCCCCUGGAGGUCCGGUGGACUUACCUCCGCCGCGAUCCUCUUCUGGAGGGCUUCCUGGCAGCCCUCCCUGGCAAAUGAGGCCCCUGAAAGAGCAAUCACAUGGCCCCCUUUAGCUGGCUGUUGGUCUGCCAGCAGGAGGACUGUCUAAAAUGUCAGUCCCCCUGCUGGUAGGAGGUGUAAAAAAUAAAUAAAAAUUAAACGGGUUUAAAAUAAAAAAAAAUAUUUUUUUGUGUAUCUCUUAUUUAGAUUUGUGUGUGUGUGUGUGUGUGUGUGUGUGUGUGUGUGUGUGUGUGUAUGUGUAUAUAUAUAUGUGUGUGUGUGUGUAUAUAUAUAUAUAUAUAUAUAUAUAGUAUGUAACGUCAUACAAAGUGUAUUUUAAUAUAAGUACAUAUAUUAGUAUUAAAAUACACUUAGAAUGACGUUACAUAUGUAUAUAUAUGUAUAAUUACAAUAAUAAAAUUAAUAAAUAAAAUAUUGAAACAAAUUUAAUAUAAAUUAUAGAUUGUCAUUUCAUUCUAACUGUAUUUUGUUAAUAUAUAGGUAACAAAAUACACUUAGAAUGACAUUCUAUAUCUAUCUAUAUAUAAAAUACAAAUAACCGUGUAUGUAUGUAUAUAUGUGUAUGUAUGUGUGUGUAUGUAAUUUAAAUACCUAUAAAUGCAUAUAUAUUAAAAUUUUACAUGUAUAUUUAAGUAAUCUUUUAACCUAAUUAUGUGAUUUGAUUAAAAUUUGAUUGACAUGCCUGACAACACAGGGAGACAGUGCAGAGAAUUUAAUUCGCAAGCACUAUAUUUGACCCUGUAACUCUCCAAGACACCAUAAAUCCUGUACAUAGAGGGUAUUGUUUUACUCGGGAGACUUCACUGAACUCAAAUAUUAGUGUUUCAAAAUGAUAAAUUGUAUUACAGCGAUGAUAUUUUAAGUAAAAGUGAGGUUUUUUGCAUUUUUUUUUUUACAAAUGAAUGGCACUUUUAUGGACCAUAUUAUUGUAAUAGGUUUUACUGUUUUAAAACACUAAUAUUUGUGUUUAGUGAAGUCUCCCGAGAAUAACAGUACCCCCCAUGUACAGGUUUUAUGGUGUUUUGGAAAGUUAGUCACAUAAGGCUUGCAUUUCAUUUUUUUUGACAUUGAAAUUUGCCAGAUUGGUUAUGUUGCCUUUGAGAGCAUAUGGUAGCCCAGGACUGAGAAUUACCCCCAUGAUGGCAUACCAUUUGCAAAAGUAGACAAAUCAAAGUAUUGCAAGUGGGGUAUGUCCAGUCUUAGUAGCCACUUAGUCACAAACACUGGCCAAAUAUUAUUUUUUUGCUUUUUUUUCACACAAAAACAAAUAUGAACGCUAACUGUGGCUACUAAAAAAGACUGUACAUACCCCACUUUCAAUACCUUGGGCUGUCUACUUUUUCAAAUGGUAUGCCAUUAUGGGGGUAAUUCUCAUUCCUGGGCUACCACACCGUAACAUUACUCAAAUGUAACAUUACUAGUCUGGCAAAUUUCAAUUUGAAAAUGGAACGUUCUAUAUUUGACCCUGUAACUUUCCAAAACACCAUAAAACCUGUUAAUGGGGGGUACUGUUGUACUCGUGAGACAUCGCUGAUUACAAAUAUUGCAUUUUGUUGCAGUAAAACCUAACAGUAUUAUGACAUUCACAGCUAAAAUGUCAGACGGAAAUACAAAUUUUAAAAAUAUCUUUUCUCACAUUUUUUAAAAUUUUAUUCAUUAUAAAUUAUGUUCCAUAUAUGAAUAGUUAAUGAUAAAUUAAAGCCCUGUUUCUCCUGAACGAAAUGAUAUAUAAUAAGUGUGGGUGCACUUAAUAUGAAAGAGGCGAAUUACGGUUGAACAGACAUGUAGUGCAAAUUCCAUUUUUUUUGGUUUGUUUUGUUUUGAUCAGAACAUGUACUAUUGACUCCCUCCUGAAGGGGUUAAUGAGGUUGUUCAGGUGAGAACUAUAGCUCCCUGCAGCCUUUCUCAUGUAAACAUAUUUUCUGAGAAAAUAGUGUUUACAUUGAAAGCUAGGAACACCUCCAGUUGCAGUCACUCAGAGUGAACCUGAGGGACUUCGGAGUUGAUGGAGGCAUAAUAUGCCUCCAUCCACUCAGAUCUGCUGUCAGCAGAGCACAAGGCAGCACUGUGCACAGCAUCCUGUGAUUCAGUAUCUCCUCCCUCUGCAUGCAGACACUGAACUUUCCUCAUAGAUUCAUUGAUUCAAUUCAUCUGAGGAGAUGCUGAUUGGCCAGGGCUGUGUUUGAAUCAUGCUGGCUGUGCCCCUGAUCUGCCUCCUUGUCAGUCUCAGCCAAUCAUAUGGGGAAACACUGAUUGGAUCAGGCUACCACAUGUCAGCAGACUGCUUGUUUUUCUGAGUCUAACAGCAUGCAGAUUUGCAGCUUCAGGCUUGAAUACUGUAAAUUUUUUACUAUAUUUAUGGAGGCAUGAGGGGCGCAGGGGGGCUAGAUGGUGGUGUUAAUACUAUAGGGUCAGGAAUACAUGUUUGUGUUCCUGACCCUAUAGUGAUCCUUUAAGCUGAUCUAGUCACAGAGGCAUGUAAAGACAUCCAAAUACUUGUCACAAACUAGCCACAAUUUUAUAUUCUACAAGAUUACUUUUGUUUAAAGCCACAUGUUAGCUGGAAAGUCGAGAUAGCAGGAUGCACAAGAUUCCAUUUGAACAUCAGAAUAUGCCUGAAGUAGUGAGCCUUCAUCUUUAGUUAUUUCUCUUAUUGUUUUGGUAUCCAGUGAAAUAUUGCAUUACAGAUUAUACCUCGUAGAAGGGUCUGAGAACUGAAGAGAACUUCCAUUGGCAAUUUAAAAUACCUGCAAUACCCAAUAUUAAUAUUGCAUGCAGAAUAUGAGUGGGUCAACUUUAUUGCAGUAAUUAAGUUAUAAUGUUCCUCCUGACAAACUUAUAACAAGGGAGACCCAGGGAAAUUAAAGUCUUUAACCUCUAAAGAACAAAGCUCUUGCCAUCUCUGGCAUACAUUAACCCCUUAAGGACACAUGAUGUGUGACAUGUCAUGAUUCCCUUGUAUUCCAGAAGUUUGGUCAUUAAGGGGUUAAAGGAGUUGCCAAACAUAUGGAUCAAAUGGCAAAAUACUGAAUAUAACCUCCAGGAAGAGUCCAUGGAGCGAUUACAUAAACAGUCUAAAAUGAAAUGCUGUACAAAUAUAACAAAUUACACAGGUACUAUAUUUAUCUGAUAGAGAAAAAACAACUAAGCAGACCUUUUAGCCGCAAAUAAAUUAAACUGACCGCUUAAAAUAAAGCUUAGCAUUGCACCCUAUAUGCCAUUUGUCAUGACCAGUGUGGGAAAGUUAAAAACAGACCCUGGACAUGGGCACACCCAGGUAGUUUCCUUAUGCAAGUGCUGUUUACUGGGUGGCGUGGACUGCCGUCAUCCCCUCGGGGAGAGAAUUGGAUCAGCAUAUGUGCAGCCUGCUGGAUUUUCAGAGAUUAGAGGCUGGGCUAGCAAAAGAUUGGCAUGGUAAGAUUAAAAUAAAAAUCUAGGCCUGCUAAAGAAGAUUCCUUCCAAACUGCUAUGAAGGACAGUGGAAAAAGAGUGCCUGAUGGAGAGGGACAGAUCUAAUUAUUCUAGUUUCAGGUUGACUUUCUGCUGUAAAGGGAGGCUGCAACGCAUAAUUAAAGGCUGCCAUGUUUAAUCAGGAAAUUAGUGUUUUUUUCCACCCCCCCAAAUCUAGACCAAUUACAUCUGUCUCCUGGGUACAGUGCAUUGCUGACAGACUUAAAAUAUGCACAUAAUUGACAUUGGGCAAUUCUGGGCUGCCUAGGUCAUGUGUGCCAUGGUUGCAACUAGCUCUUGCACACAAGUACCAAUUACUCCUGGCUGUGCAGUGUUUCAAUCUGAAAGGAGAAGGCACUGGCAGGGACUUUAUUUAUUUGAAGUAUUACUUUCACAACUUGGUUUACACACAUUUUAAAAAGUCAGGCAAGAUAUUUUUUUUUUUUAGGUUUGAGGUCAUUACUGUUAAAUCAUUUGACUUGAAAGUUUGUCUUGCAUAAUGUCACAAAAUAAAACUGUAACUGGAGUUGUUUCCCCCUUUUUCUAUUUGUUAGGUGCACCAGGGACCUGUCCCUCUAUCAUACACUGUUACAACAGUAACCACCCAAGGCUUCCCAUUGCACACUGGGCAGCACAUCCCAGGGUGUAGUACUCAGCAACUGCCAGCAUGUUCCGUCAUGUUCAGUGGGCAGCACUACCCACUCUGCUGCCUGCCUCCUCCGGUGAGUGGGAUCUGAAAGGGCUUAAUGUACAAUGUGGCAAAGUAACAUCUACAAACCAUGGCAACAAAUGUUUUCAGCCUGAUGUUGCUUUUUAUCUUUUUUUUUAUAUAAAUUUCAUAAAGGGAAACCUGAAUUUCUUUGGUUAGAAGGGUUCUUUUGGGUUUGUGUGGGUUUUUAAAAAUAGUGUUUUUGUUUCUUUGUUUUUUUGUUUUUUUUCCUCUGCAACAAAUAAAACCGUUUGGUUUUAAAGUUCUCAUAAUUCCCACCAUAACACUAGUUAGUGGCCAUGUUUUGGUGAUCACGAAACACUUCAUUUGUAAGAUGACCAUAUGCUAGUGAGCUUCCUAUAUUUAAUUUUACAGCGUAUUCUACUGCUCUGCACAUGUAUGUAAAUUGUAUUAACCAUAUGCACUACAUAAAUGCGACACAGAAGCUGUGGUUGGAGCUUGGUUUGUGGGCAAAUGCUGAACUGUAAAGAGUUAACGAUUGAUGACUUCCCAGACUUGUACUAGUUGGCUAGGGAAGCCACUAAAUUGGCGUGCAAGAUGUACCCUGACUGGGGGCUUGACCAGCAGUAGGUAUUGCAUUGUGGCAUGACUUGCAAUACAGGUGAAACCAAUAAUGUACAUGGCAAAAAUAACCCAGGCUUUCAAAGCUACAUGGGUUUUAUACUCUGAGAUUUCAAUGUACAGCAAGGGGUGGAUUGGACAUGGUAAUGGGAUAUAAAAGCCUAUGGGUCAAGAUCUUUGUGAACUGAUAAUUAGUCUUCAGGUAUGAGCAGUAGUCGAACGCAUAGUUUGUGUGAAAUUAGACUUUUCACGUAGUCUCUGUAAAGGGUUCUUUUUCUAGGCAAAGCCUUGGUGUAGCCUUCUUUUGAGCUUGUUAAUUACGUUUAGGUUUUUCACCCUUGCAUUGUAACUAAAAUGUCUGGUUCUGAUUCCCGCUAUAUUGGACAAGGGGUAGGUGGCAACCUUCAGAACUUUAGGUGUGAACUAAAUCUCCCCUUAUGCGUUGCCAACACCUCUGGAGUGCCAAAGUUUGCUUACCCCCUACCUUAGACUAACUAGAAUUUACAUACACAGGUGGGCAGAGCCUGCCUGACUGCCAUGUUGGAAGUCUGCACAGUUAGUACACUUUCUGCUUAAAAUUAAUAAUUGCUGAGGAGCUCUUUAUUUUACACAAGGACUGCAAACACAAACUAAAGUAUACUAGUAUAUAUGUAUACACUCACUGACAGGUGGAAGUGGAUUCCGGAGUUUGUUGCUGUUUGGGCUUGUCUGCUCCUUAGUCGGGAGUUGCUGCCGAACCUGUGGCUUGGACACACGGCUUUUAGUUGUGAUACAAAUGGAAGAAAAAUAUCCAGGCACACCUGAGGUUUCUUCUAAAAGUUGUUUUUGGUUUUUAAAAUUUGAAAAAAGGAAGUGGAGACAAUGUUUCGGCUCCUCUCUGAGCCUUUAUUUAGUUGAUACAAGCAUCUGGUCUCCUGCCUCCCAUUUGGAUCAGUGGGGGUUAUAUUGGUCCCCCAAAGAGGAAGCAGCUUGUGUCUGAGCUAUAACUGGGUUGGUUGUGACUGAUCACAUUAAAGCUGACCACUUACCCCAUGGAGACUAAAUGUCAAGGGAGUGGGAAGUCAUGAAGACCUGUGCUGGGCAAAGCAGCCAUUUUCCAGACAAAUGUUAGGGACCUGCACAGAUCUGGGGUGCACAGCAAUCUAGAGUAUUAGAACUUGCUUACACACAGUAUGGGCUUACUAAUGAGAGUGUACAAAGAUCAAGUUGGGAUAUGUUUCUGGUUUCAUAUUUUAAGAUGAGAAGGGAAUUACAAACUUUCAACUUGUGUAGAUGGAGUUUUUUUUUUUUUUUUUGAACUUGACUAUUCUAGUCUUAAUUUUCAUUUAUUUUUUUACACUCCCAUUCUCUCCUUUUCUGGGUUGAUGAAUUUACUUGACUGUGUCAGUGUCUGGCCAAUCUGUUUGCUUAAUGUUUGAAUAAAUACUGUAUUUCUUUUGUUGCAUAUUGCUGCCAUUUUCACAAAGUGCUGUAAAAUCCUUUCCCCAUUACAGUUGAUUCCGGGGUGCACCAUGCAGCAGCUUCCUGUUACGUACCAGCCAUUUCCCCCUCUACUCUCUGGGGAGCAUUACAUCUUACACCCGCACCCACCAAUGGCUCCGCAGCAGCCACCUCCUCUGGCUUCUCUAGCGCCAUUUGUUACCGUGCAACCGCAGAGAAUGGUAAGUAUAUAUGGACAUUUUCACUCUUUAAUGUGAAUUGAGAGUACCGACAUUGGUAAAACAUCUGAAUAGACUUCCAAAUGUAAGCUUUAUUCCUGCCAAACUAGGCAGUACAUAUCCUUUUUGUCAUUCCAUCUACCUUUACAAUCUUCAGAUUUGUCGACCUGCCAAAUGUCUGGAUGUAUUGAAUGAUCUCCAGUACUUGGUUCAAAAAGAUGGCACUUAAACAUUAUGAAUUGAUGCUUGUUGUGAUCUACUGUCUAUUUGUUUUAGCCUCCUUGUAGAAAAUGCAAAUUCUCAAAUUUGAACAGAGCAUGACUUAUUUACUUUUUUGUGAGUUUUGUUUUUUGUGGCUCUGCUUCUUUUGAAUGGACAAAAUGACUUAAAUAUUUAAGUCAUUUAUUUUAAAUAUUUUUUUUUUUUUCAAAACAGCUACUAAAAUUGUCGUGUGAAUGAUUGGUGUCCUACAAUUCAGAUACUUGCAUCUUUAAGAUUGGCUUGUUUGAAAAGUGUACAUAUGGUGUCGAACCUGCAUGGCAAAAAGGCACCAGAUUAUUUUAGCAUUAUCCAUUCCAACAUCUGUAAAGCAAUAGGUUUGAUGAAUGCAAACAAUUGUCACAAGAAAGUCUUUGCGUGUCCUUUUUAACAUUUGCCUCUUCCACUUUUCUUGUUACUAUAGCCACUGCAGAGGAUAGACAAUGAGUUAGAUCUUCGAGGGGAUCAACAUCACAUGAGCAACUUCCCAUUCCACCACUCCCACCCUGUGCCUGCACUGUCCCACUCAAUGCCCAUGCAUUACCUCUCCCAUGAUGCACUGCACCAGGAGCUUUCCUUUCCAGUGGUAAGUCAAAUGCUUCUGAAAAACUGUAGCAUUGAACAAUUAUGCGUUAUAGCUUAUGCUGUAAAAUGUUUUAGUUAAAAAAAUAAAAAAAUUGGAGCUAUAUAAAUAAGAAAUCUACACCUUAACACUAUUGAGCUGAGCAAUAGAGAAUGAGUGAAUGGAUCUACCAAUUUCCCCCCUUUCCUUUGGCCUAAAGGAAAAAGAUUCUGUAUUUACACUCUUCUAAUUUCCUUCUUUCUUGCAGCCAUAUGCCCAUCUGAUGCCACGGCGACUGAAUGCCCAACGAUAUCGUCUUCAGCAGCCACUGCCACCUCCCCCGCUGCCUCCUUCAUAUUACCCAAGUUUUCUGCCCUACUUCCUGUGAGUUACAUAUUUCAUGCCUGUUAUAGCCUGACACUUAUUUCCUCUGUACUGUUCUUGCAUCCCUUUCACCUUCCAUUAUUCAGUUAAAUGUCUGAGUUAUUUACUAAAGUGGGAAUUGUCAGUUUAAAGGAAUACUAUAGUGUUGGGAAUAUGUAUUCCUAAUGCUAUAGAGCCCUAGUCAUUGUUUUUAGAUGACUAGGGUCCUGUUCCGCAGCAAAUACAUGGUUAAGUAACCAUUUAUUUGCUUACCUUAGUUCCGCCCCAGGCUCUCUCGGCGCUGGUGACCUCUCCUCCUCCAUAGACAUCUGCUCCCAAGUGGAGCUCGCAAUCAAACCUGCCCAUGGGAAAGCAUUACUCAAAGCUUUCCUAUGGGGAUCUUUUUUGAUGCUGGACUCAGAGGCCAUCCAGCGUCUAAUUUACUCCAUGUAAAUUGCAAAAGUGGCCUCUAGUGGCUGUCAAGGAAACUGCCACUAGAUGCUGGAUUAACCCUGCAGUGUAAACAUGGCGGUUUCUUGGAAACUGCCAUUUUCAGCUGCAGGGUUAAAACUAGGGGGACCCAGCACCCAGACCACUUCAUUGAGCUGAAGUAGUCUGGAUGCAUAUAGUGGUCCUUAAAGUGAAUUUCAAAUUUGAGAACAAAAUGGCUGAAGUGGGAAAGCCUCCAAAUCUGACAUUACACAAGAAACCAAAGUAGCUGAACUGGAAGCAUAGCAAAGUGAAUUUUGCAUCUAAGGCAGUGGUGCCCAACCUUUUUUCAUUUGCAUGCCCCUUGGUAGUUUCCAUGAGUUGUACCCCUCAUAUUAGCAAAAUGUUUGUUAAUAUAGUUGCUGUUAUUUCAAAUAUAUUAUAGUCUGCCCUAGAUCUCUGUUUAAUAGAUAAAUCCCAAUGAAUACAUGCAUAUUUUUACGUAUUCAUUGGGAUAGUCUAAAGCAGUCACUUCACAGAUAACAGAGAAGCCUCUGUUUCUAGUCUUUCAGUGACUCAGUUCCCUCCUUCUGUGCGGCUGCUCUUGUAGUAUGGCCAAUCUGCAGACCCGCAGGUAGAGGAUCUUCAGUUUGCUCCAACUGGACUGACCGGAAUUACUCAGUGAGAGCACUUCCGGUCAGUCUGGGUACAGGAAACUGAAGAUACUCUACCUGCGGCUCCCCCACACUACAAGGUCUGCUGAGAGCCUCAGUGGGGAUAAUGUUACAAGAACAGAAUGGCAGGAGGAAAAUGCUUCUCCCUCCUAUCAGUCAGCCUGCAACUGCGCUCCCGGCCAAUUAUUUGCUGCGAAUAUUGGAAGGCAGGCACGCUAUAUUAAAAAGUGCCCACUACUUCGGUUGGCUCAGUGAAGCUAACAGAAUUAGGCAGUGAAUCUCUCCAGCUGUUUGGACAGUUGGGGAGGUGUUCGUAUUAUGAAAGUGGCACUUUUUAUAAAUGGGGAUUUUAAAGGGAUGCUCUAUAAGUUUGGAAUGCUUCUUUAAGGUCACUCUAGCUUUGAUAUAGGCAUCUUUAAAAUGUAUUUAUUCUCUUCACAGUUCUAUGCUUCCUGUGUCUCCCACCUCUGUUGGACCAGCCAUAAGCUUAGAUUUGGAUGUGGAUGAUGUGGAAAUGGAAAACUACGAGGUAUGCUGCAUGCAAUAUAAUGCAUAGGUUAUAGAUUAAGUUUGCAAUGGUGUAGCUCUUCUCCAUUUGUAAUAUAACGUUUCUAUGCAGGCAUUGCUGAAUUUAGCAGAGCGACUGGGAGAAGCAAAACCACGGGGACUCACUAAAGCCCACAUUGAGCAGCUUCCUUCUUAUCGCUUCAACACAGAGAGCCACCAAUCUGAGCAGACACUGUGAGUCGCCAUACUUCAUGGAAACCUACUUUUAUUCAGUCUUGGAAUGGCAUUUUAGUGGGAUGCUAAUAAUACUAGGAGAUAGUGUUUUUGUCAUGCUCAGCUGGAAAGAAAGUUUCCUUUAGUAAACAAAUAGUUCCAAACACAUUGAGAGAUGUAAUUCGAAGUAUUCAUGUAUUUUCUGAAGGAAUUAUUUAUAUUAUAGGCCGUAACUUCUACACUUUGUUUUCCUUUGCUAAAUGUGGCAGGGGUUCUGUGUCUUGGCUGUUUCAGUAGCCUUAUUUAUGAAUCUUUAUCUCUGCAGCUGCGUGGUAUGCUUCAGUGACUUUGAGAGCCGACAGCUCCUUAGAGUUUUACCCUGUAAUCAUGAGUUCCAUGCAAAGUGUGUUGACAAGUGGCUUAAGGUAAGCGUGUGGUUUUUUUUUUUCUUCUUGUUGACUGGACUUGGAACCAUAUUUUUCCUUAUGGAAACCUUUAAAUAUGUCUAGUAUGAUGAAGGCACUGCAAAAAGCUGCAAUAAAAUGCAUUGAUUGGUGUAAAACUGGGCAUGCAUCCAAGUGGAUUAAUUAACAGGUGAUCAGGCAAGAGAGGGAGCUGACUGCACCAGCCAGAACUGCUGGAAAAAAAGUCUACUUGGUUAUGCUGCCUUAAAUCAUAAGGUAUUCAAUUUACCAGUUUAAAGGACCACUAGAAGUACCCAGGCCACUUCUUCAGCUCAAUGAAGUGGUCUGGGUGCCAGGUCCCUCUAGUUUUAACCCUACAGUUGAAAACCGUUUCAGAGAAACUGUUUACAUUAGGGUUAAUCCAGCCUCUAGUGGCUGUCUGACAGCCGCUAGAGGCAUUUCCGGGCUUCUCACUGUGAAAAUCAGUGAGAAGACGCUGGACGUCCAUAGGAAUGUAUUGAGAAAUAAGCGCGCUGUUCUUGCUGCUCAUUCGGCGUUGACCUCGGCAGAGGGAGGAGAGUUCCCCAGCCCACGCUGGAAAAGGGUAAGUGUGGGUGUUUUUUUUUUUUUUGUUUUUUUACUUCAGUCCAGCGGGAGUGGGACCCUGAGGGUGGGGGGGAGGGGGGGACCUAGAGACCCUAUAGUGCCAGGAAAUUUUUUUAUUUUUUUUUCUUGGCACUAUAGUGGUCCUUUAAGGCUAACCAAUUUUAUCCUGUACUAUACAGAAAUCAACUAAUUUGUAACAAUUCUAAAUGGCUCUUUGAAGCAUUUGUUUCGAUUGCAUCUUUUACAGCUGCCUACAUCUGAAUUAUUAUUGCCAUUUAUAUAGUGCCAACAGAUUCCGUAGCGCUUUACAAUAUUAUGAGGGGGAUUAACUAUAAAAAGGACAAUUACAAGAAAACUUACAGGAACAAUAGGUUGAAGAGGACCCUGCUCAAACAAGCUUAGUCUAUAGGAGGUGGGGUAUAAGACAUUAGGACAGGAAAUAUCAAUCAAAUAAGGUGGGAGUGAAGCAGAGCUGGAGGAGAGAGCAAGAGCCAGGUAUGUAAGGUAGAGGUUACUCUGGGAGGCCAUAAUCUUUCCUAAAGAGAUGUUUUAAGGCACUUCAUAAACGAUUGAAGACUAGGGGAGUCUGAUGGGGUAGGCAGGCUAUUCCAUAGGAAGGGAGCCACCCGCGAGAAGUCUUGCAAGCGCGAAUUGGCUGUAUGUGUGCGAGCAGCGGUCAGGAGGUGGUCAUGGGCAGAGCGGAAGGAAUGGAUAUUUGAAGAGAUAGGAGGGGCUAGACUUGUUCAGUGCUUUAUAUGUAUGGGUUAGCACUUUGAAUUUACUCCUAUAGGAUACAAGGAGCAAAUGUAAAGACUGGCAGAGGGGUGAGGUGUGAGAGCAAAGACUAGAGAGGAAAAUCAGUCUGGCGGCGGCAUUCAUUAGACUGUUGCGGGGCAAUGCGGCUUUUGGGGAGACCAAUCAGAGGGUUACAAUAAUCCAUGCAGGAAAUUACUAGAGCAUGGACAAGCUCCUUGGUAGCAUCUCGUGUAAGAAAGGGGUGGAUGCGGGCUAUGUUUUUAAGUUGGAAUCUACAGGAUUUGGCAACAUACUGGAUGCGAGGCUCAAAGGUGCAGCCAGAGUCAAGUAUGACGCCAAGACAGCGUGCUUGCAAGGAUGGACUUAUGUGGAUAUCACUGACUUGAAGGGAGAGCGAGAGAGGAGGAUCAGUAUUAGGAGGAUGAAAGACAAGGAGUUCAGUUUGAGAUUGAUUCUCAGAAAGUGCGAGGACAUCCAGUCAGAGAUGGAAGAAAGGCGAGCAGUGACAUGUUGCAGGACGGCAGGGGAGAGGUCCGGGGAGGAGAGGUAUAUCUGAGUGUCAUCAGCAUACAGGUGGUAGUGGAAUCCAAAAGAGGCUAUAAGUUUGCCAAGAGAGGCAGUAUAAAGAGAAAAUAGAAGGGGACCAAGGACAGACCCUUGGGGAACUCCAACUGAGACAGGACGAGGGGAGGAGGUAUCCUUGGAAAAGGACACUGAAUGAGCGUUGGGAGAGAUAAGAGGAAAACCACGAGAGGAUAGUCAGAGCGAUUGAAGAUUUUGAAGGAGGAGAGCAUGAUCAACGGUGUCAAAGGCAGCAGAGAGGUCAAGAAGAAUUAGUAUGGAGUAGUGGUCUUUGGAUUUAGCUGCGAUUAGGUCAUUAGUAACUUUGAUAAGAGCAGUCUCAGAGUGGAUAGGGCGAAAGCCAGACUGAAGAGGGUCAAGGAGAGUUGGAAUUAAGGAAGCGGCGCGCACACACAGGUAAAGAAAAGUCUUUCCAAAAGCUUUGAGGAAAAAGGGAUUGGGGCAUAUGGGAUGAUAGUUACAGGGGGAGGAUGGGUCAAGUGUGUGUGUUUUAUAAAAAAAAUUUUUUAACCCCUUAAGGACCAAACUUCUGGAAUAAAAGGGAAGCAUGACAUGUCACGUGUCCUUAAGGGGUUAAAGGUCAGCAGGGACAGUGCCAGAAGAGAGCAGUUGAAGAUGUGUGUUAGGGAAUGCACAAGAAUAGCUACGUUCUCUAACUUUCCUGUGUUCAGUUGUUAAACCUCUAAGCAUAAACUGUUUUCAAUACUACAAACACAAAGCAAUACACUAGUGUUUUAAUGGAUCCAGAAAUAAAAAGCAAGAAUGAUUUAAUAAAUUAUCUUGCUUGAAGAUUAACUGUAGAUACUAGGCAGUCCAGCAGUAUUUUCCUAAAUUUGAAUACAGAGGAUGUGCAUGUCAAUAUUAUUUUUACUUUCACUUUCUAUGAAUCUCAAUCCAGUCUGAAUUGGACAUACAUUUAAGGGUUUAAUUUAAACAAGCUGUUUAGAUGUUGUAUGGGUUAUUUAUACAUUAUCUGCAAUGUUUUGGUAAUUGGAGUGCAAAAACAUGAAAUAUUCAGUUAGAAGUUACUAAUAUAGAUAACUGGAUUUUCUUUUCCCCUCUGCAGUCAAACCGCACAUGUCCCAUAUGCCGGGCUGAUGCCUCUGAAGCUCACAGAGAUGGCGAGUGAAGAUUGAGCGUUUUCCCCUCGCCUCCUGCCGGUGCACAAACCCAGAGGGAUAAACACAAAAUAAACCAGCCUCCUUGUCUGACUCGGAUGCUUCAGCUUUCCUCUCCAUCUGCACCUGUCCUUCCGGCGAGGACACAGCAGUAUUGGAACUGGAGGUGGUGUCGAGUCACAUUCAAUGUUCUCCAUAUUAAUACCUCUGCACCUCUGUACUUCCCACCAUGCCCACAGGUUGUCAAACUAGUGGGCUUAGGAAGUGAUUUCAGCUGUGUUGGAGAUGUAAAUGGAUGGGAUUCUUUCGCCCCCUUCCUCUAGGUUUUUUUUUGUUUUUUGUUUUUUUUAAGGGUAGCUGAGGCUUACAAGAAAAAGACUGGGUCAUUAUGGCCAGUGCUAGCCCCAAAGGGUUUUGAGGCAUUACCAGGGACACCCUGUUUUUAAAACUUCUGCUGCCAAGCCCUUUUAGUUGAGGGAAAUUUCACCGCUGCUUUAUUUUCUUAAAUGUUUGCACUGGAGCCCUAAUUGGGGACAUUUUUUUUUAAUUUCUUUUAAUUUUAAAGUAUCUUAGGUCAUUUCCUAAACCUUGAAUCCCUUCCCAAUGACCUUAUAUUUUUUUUUUUUUUUAAAUCUUGGCAUUACAUUGCCCUGUCUUUUAAUUAUGUAGCCAACCUUCAGCAUAGACAUGUUUGUGUAUUUUUUUUUUUGUGUGAUUUCCCAAUCCAUUCCAGCUUUUGUGGAAAUGCAGGAGAAGCCUUUGGAUCUAUAUACAUCAAUUCUUUUGGGAGAGCCGCAAUUGGUGGUUUUAAUAUUUCGAUGUUUUGAAUUCAGAUAUGAAUUCACUUUAGUUUGGGUUAUCAAUUUAGGAGAGGAAAUCAAAUGAAAUACAGGUGCUCUUUACAUGAGGUACAGUAUCCUCCAGCAAUCUCUACCAGGUGGCAAAUGUGAGUGGAAGCCACUGUAUCCUUCCCAUUUCCAUCAGUUAAUUCAUUCCUCCCUGUGCCCAUACUCUAAACGGAGACUGGUUUAGACAACUGCAUUGCUAGGAGCAACCCAUUAAGUAAACAAUGGUGCUUUAAAUUUUCCUUUUUACAAAGUGACAUAUGAAAAUGUAGUUACAGUUAUGCCUUGCAAAUUAUCCCUAGUUUUUAUUUGAACAAACUGUCAAGUUAAUUGUUUUUAGACCCAAAGAUGGGUCAUUGUCUCCUAACAUGCUUUGUGCUCAUUAGUUGUGUAUAAUCCCUGUAUCAAGAGCCCUGGUAAUGCCUCUGCAAUAUAUUUUGUUAGGCAGCAGGUUCUCACACUUGCAGAUUGGUGUGAGCGCAGGGUACUGUAGCACACCAAGCUAUAUACUGUGAGCAUGAUGCACUUGGUACCCGCAUUAUCCCAUAAUGGUCCCUGUGUGUACUACACACAGGAACGUGGGUGAGUGGCUGCCUUAUUUAUCAACUUGUUUAGUUUGAAUUUGCAUGAUAGGACAGCAAUGAAAACCACAUGAGCCAGUCAACCAUUUCCGGUCUGUGUGCGCGUUUAACAGUCAGGCAGAAAGACUACGUCUUUAUGUUUCACAAUAUGCAUGUCUGAGCAGCUUGGAAUAUGGUAUCUGCUAACCUUUGGCCGUCUGUGGAGUGACGUGAGGGGGAGGGGGGAGGGUGGGAAUGGGAUAAGCAUUAUAUAGGGGUAUGUAUCAUGCUGAGCUGAUUCCUGCUGUGCACUUGUUUGCCAAGCAGAAGGCACCUGAACUGUUUGUAGGGAUAUAUGAAUGUCUUGUUGCCUGUUAAGGUCACACUCGGGCAGGGAUUGUUUGCGUUGGGUUUUUAAGUUUUCAAAUGUUAUUUACAGUGAGGCCCACAACACCCAAGGAUAACAAUGUAAAAUGCCUCUACAUAUGACUGCUCUUGCUUUAACUAUUUAUCUAAUCACUUAUUUUUUUACACCUACCAAUGCCAUGGUCUCCUUUAAAAUAAAGAUUGGUAGUGUGCAGGUAUCGCAUGGUCUAAUCUUACCGGUCAAUGGAGCACUUGUAGUUAAAGGGCCCCAACCUUAACUUUAUCAUUCAGUUUAAAUGUAAAAUGGUUUUGGAGCAAUGCAUGUCAGAUUUCAUAAAGGCAACUCUUUACAAGUGCAUACUACUUGAGCUCUAUUUUUCAUUCCCAGUUUAGAUCCCAUUCACUUUUUUUUUUAUUAUUUUUUUCCUCACUUAAAAAAAAUAAAUACUCUGCUCUCAAAUAUUUAAAAGUUGAGUACCAUGGCAUUUUAUAUACAGAAACUAUAGGGGGUAAAGAGGUUGCCAAACUGACUUGGCAAGGUUUCCUAUAUACCAGGGAAACUUAAACUGACCUUUCAAAUUAUCAAAUCUGACAACUCUACUGCUCCAAGAUUAUUUGACCACCUGGUUACUCUACUAAAUAUAUGGUAGGAUGAUUACUAAUGGUAGUGUCCAUUUUACAUUAUAGGACUUGGUGUGACAAUUUUCUGCUUCCUAAUCCUCAAAUAGGGGCAGUGGACUAGUGUUGGAUUCAGUCAGAUGUAAGACAUCAAUGUAACAAAACGUCUUUGUGUAGAUGCAAUAGUUCCCCUGUUAAUAGAUGGUAAAGAGGCUAGCUGAUGUCUAGCUCUCACUCAGACUUCGCUGUUCUCACUGGAGAGUGUUGGGCAUGUUGGUCAUCCAAUGUCUGUUGCGUUAUAAUGCACUGGAAGCACAGCUAUAUUUUAUAUGAAGUCAGAAGUGUUGAAGUGUCCAUUCAAGCAUGGAAAGAUAUCCCUCUUUCACAAUGUUGUGGCUUUUUUUUUUUUUUGUGUAGGUUUCCCCUUUAAUCUGAUUAGGGUGGAUAGUCUCCAAUGGAACACAUUCAAUGCUGUUUACCUUGAGCAUUCUUUCAUUUAUCCAUCACCCCAAUAUUGCUUUACUGUAACACAGCAGUUAGUCAGGGCACAGGGUUUUAAGCCAUACUCAAACAGCAAAAACUGUAGAGAAAUUUAAAAUGUUCCACAUGCUGGAGCGCGAUUGUAUCUUUGCCAUCAUCCCCAUUCCCUCAAACUAAUAAAAUGGUCACUGCUCCCUGAACAAAUUUUUAUUUUAAAACAGCUGUCACAAAAGGAGAUUGAUGUAGGCAGCACUGUCUGCAGCAGAAACGGAAUACAGCACACAAAUUACCAAAGGUCUUACUGUGUAUAUAGUUCAAUAUCAAUACAAUUUAUCACCAAACUCUGACUAGACAAAGGCAGCCACCUGCUGCCAGUCAGUUAAAUCACUUAGCUGCUGCAGAUGUUGACAAACCUUUUUACUACACAAAAUAAGGCUGCCUCCAACAGACAAAGGGUUAUACAUUCAUCCCUGCUCCACUUGCUAGAGUACAUCUUGUUCUUCCACUAAUCGUUAUAGGAACCCUGCAAUCAUAGCUUGAGGGCUGCUGUAUGCUUAACGGAAGCACUUAAUCACCUCAUCUAUUGAAGUACAACUCAUUGAUUUAGGAUGUCUGCUGCAUACUUAUUUUCUGCUCUAUACCCCUAUGGUGGGAUACAAUGAAUUGUUUACUGUAUCAUUCUAACCUCCCGGACCCUAUACUCGCACUGGGCUGACUUUUCAAUUAUUCCCUCCCACUAACAUUCCUGCCCCCAGAGUUGUGGCUUCCCUUACUCAGGGUCCCGGAGGUGUCUUCUGUGUUAGAACUUGUAUAUCUAUAUGUGUAUGCAUAUAUAGAUAUAUCUCUAUAUAUAAACUUUUUAUUUUUGGCUUUUGGUACUUGCACAUUUACUGGUUACCUCAUUUCCCAUGUAUGUAUUUGAAGAAAAAUGCUAAUAUAUAGAAAAUGGUUCUUGAAGCUAUCAAGUGUUUUUGGUUUUUAUUUUUUUCAUUCCAUUGGAAUAAUAUUGGUUUGUAGCAUUUAACAUAACUAGUAAUAUUGUAUUAUAUAUGUGUAUACUGAUUGAAAUUUUUAACAGAUUUGUACUUUUUUUAAAAUGAAAGUUGCUAGUUUUGCUUGACCUGGUAGUGCAAUCAUUUAUUUUUUUUUAAUGUUGUGGCUGAAUUGAGAGGGUUCUUCACUAAUAAAUGUACAAGGACAAUAUCUACUCCACCUUUUGUCUUUUAUUUGAUCCUACUAUUAAACUGCCCCAUGCAGUCUGUGUUUAACUAAUAUGCCGAUGCAAAGUCCUCACUGCAGCCAAAUUCUCCUUCAAAGAUUUCCCUCUAUCUGGGAAAAACUGGGCUGUGGGAGGACUUUGGUAUGGGGGGCUUUCACAAAGCCACUGUUGGUCUUGUCACCAGCAUGCAAUGAGCUGAAUAAAGCUGUGCAUUUUCUAUGCUCAGAACGAACACUGGCAGUUAAGAAUUUUAUGAGCAUGCUAAUGACACUGCUGGAGAUGGAAUUCCACCUCUGAUAUCUGUGCUUGGAGUAUAUAUUUCACUGAGAAAUGCUGCACAUAAAAAUAAAGUACUAUGACCACUUCGACUCACAAGAACUUUAACAAAUGGGUGUGAGAAGUCUGAAAGAAACUUGGACAUCCAUACUGCUGUAUACUAUAACAUUGAACGGAGAGCCUCCAUACUGGCUCCCUGUCAGUAAUUAUCAGAAUUUCUUUCAAACUCUAAUGGCAUUGAUGAGCAAGAGUACUAAGCCAACCCAGCCACUCAAUGCCAUCCACCUUUUUACAAAAGUGACGUUUCAUAAUUGUAAUAGUUACUCUGCCAAUUGGCAGUAGUAAGACCUCUGGUCUGUUAAAACACUCUAGGUAUCUUGCAGUGGGUCCCUUUUUUAGAUAUGUGAAUGUAAUCUUUUAACUUGUGUUAUAACUGGCUAUUGCUUUCCAAUCUUGUCCAGAGCGCUAUUUAUUGCUCUUCUAGAUGCAUGGAGUACAGUUUCUAAACUACAGUAACUGGAUCAGGUUUUUUAGUUUUCUGUAGUUGCAUCAAGGAGUAACAUUGCAAGGAUCAAAGUCCAAGUUUCCCUCUUGUGAUUUGGUACACCAAGAGCUAUACACUGAGUUAUGUCGCCCCAUACACACUUCAAGUAUCAAAGAUCUGGACCAUCCUGGAAGUUGCAGCCAAUUACCAAAUGAGCCAAUAUUUGCAGAUCUGUGAAAGGGAUGAGAAAAACAUGGCUGGUGGAUACAUUUCUUGGAGAAAUCCAUAUUUCUUACUGUAGAAAGAAUGGCAAAUGGCAGGGCUGUGGUUGCAAGACCCCCAUAGCCGUUGAUAAAGUAAACUUAUGGUUAGUAUCACUUCUAGUUUGUAUGAAUUUUAAGGAAGGGGAGGGAAGAGUAGAGAGAUAUACACAAAACCAGGAUACACCACUGGCAGAGCAUGUCUGUUACCAUACCAUAAAUCCACUGACAGCCAGUGGAGGCAUACUAAGUGCUUCAAUGUAAUCAUGGCACUGGUGCACAAGACUUCACUUGUAGUGGCAGAUCUGUGAAGUUGUUUCAUAAAACCACCAACUCUGUCAAUAACCAAACCUUGCCUCCGCGAGCUUGGUUUUAGUUAAAGGACCACUAAAGGC